GGAGGGGGCCUUUGCAGUGGGUCGAAGGAGAGGGAGAGAGCGCGCACCCACCACACGCACGCACGCGCGCGCAAACACCUCUCUCCCGGCCUUGCCUCUGGUGGUCUCUUCCGCAGCGUGAGUCUCCCGCCUCUCUCCGCUUCCUUUCCAUAUACCUGAGGCGCGGCGAGAUUGAGCAGGUGGGGGCGUGAGGGGGGGCAGGGAGAACGCGGGUGUGGGUGCUGCUGUUGCCGUGGGAGGGGGGAAGGAAAGGCGGCUGGGAGAGCGCGCGCAGCCCCGCCGGAGCGGUGGGCGGGAAGCCCCUGGAAGGGAAGCGGGCGCGGGGGGGGGGGGCGGAAGGCGCCAAGGCAGGGAGUCCAAGGCGCCUGCUUCGCGCGCGCCGGCUGCGGCUCCUGAGGCGAGGUGAGGGCUCUUUCCCGCGCGGGGUUCUUGCGGGUGUUUUUCGCGUGCAGCUGUUGCUCCAGCUCUGCUUUUCGCUUCCGGAGGGGUCCCCCGCCGCCUCCUCCCCGCUGGUCAGCGUCGGCGUCCAGGAGAGGAGGUGGCGAGCGGGCGCCAAGCCGCGCGGAUGCCGAAGUGGGUGCGCGGUGGCGCGCUCGGCGUGGGCUGAGGAGGGCGAUGGAUGAACAGUCGCCCCUCCAGGCACACCGGCACUGCCUGGAAACGAAAUAGGCGCAGGCAGCCCGGCACCAAGCGGUCAAUAUUAGCGGGCUGUGUUUUUUUUUUAAAAUUAUUAUUUCGAGUCUGUUUACGUCGCUCCUUAGCGCGCGCGCUCACACACACGAGCAAAGCCCACAGUGGCGUCCUGUUGUCCUUCGUGCGUGUGGUUAAUACUAAAAAGGAGUACCUAAUGCAUAUGUGUACGUGUGAAAGAUUCCUCCUGUGUUGGUUGGGCAAUGUAGGGAGCGCGCUCCAGCUGGGGAAGCGAGGUGCUGUUUGUGUGUUUCAGUUCUUGUCACUGCACUGAGUAGCUAAAACCUGAUCUCCCAAUUCCGGACUGCAGUAGAAUAUUAACAACGGCCAGCCGGGCUUCUCCCCCUUUCCCCUUCAAUGUUCUCCUGGGAUAACACUUGACUAAAGCCGACCUGAUGAGACAACCCGGAGUCGCAGUGGUAGCCCAUCACUUUCUGACCAGGCUAGGUGCUGAGAAAGCCCUACUGGGUCGGUAGCGCGCAGGUAGUGGAAAGCCCACUGCUUCGGAGUGCUGUUUGCUUGCGACCUUUGUGCGGCAGCCCGGCCACAUCGCGGGAAAGGCUGGAUGGUUGGAGGGGGGCGGGGGGAGGCUGCUGCGGCGGGUGCAAAGUGAAUAGUCUUAUAAGAAGGGACUUUUUUUUGUUAGCCAACAGGUAAAAUUAUUAUUUUGUUUCUGAUUAAAUCGCCUAAGUUUCAUAUUAGAGGGAAACCAGCAACGUGAUCCUAUUUCCCCAACUUUUCCUUUCAUGAUAAUCUAUCUAAUUAAAACGUUCCAAAGUUAGGCACACGUUUAUUUAUGGCUGAAGAAGACCUGGGUUUUUGGAAUAGGUAUUAGACAUUAAAAGCCUGCCAGCUGAUUUUUUUUUUUUUUUCUGAGGGGUUGAUAACUUGCUGCUCUGGAUUUUUAAUUUUUAAAUCUGUUUUGUUAUGUUUCUGCUAUUCCCGUAAAGCUUUUUUCUUAUUGUAUAAGAAGAGGUGUGUGUGUAUUAGAGUCAUAGGUCUCUGAGGGAUGCAUGCAGAACUCCAGUAGAAUUUCACCUUGUUAAUUAAAAGUCAGCACUUAAAAAAAAAUGCUGCUUGUUGCAUGUCUUUGGCAUCUCAUGAUCUAGAGAAGCACAACUCCAGUAGAAUCAAUGGGGACAAAAAGCAACCUUUUUGUAAUGUCCUUUGUACAGGUUAUAUGGAAGCUGUUGUCAAAAAAGGAGAGCUUCUCCCUUGUCUGGUACCUGUUUGUGAGAGAUCAAGGCUUGCAGUUGGUCUAAGAGGUUUUCUAUUAGACCACUAAAACAAAUAACCUGCAAGUGAGAGCCUGUUUGAACCCAGAUGCUUUGGAAAGGGUUACUUGCCUGCAUGUCUGAAGACAGGGGUUCUAUCCAAGUGAGCAGUGUAUGUUAUAUAUAUGGCGAAGGGCUGCAAUUCUGGGCCCACCUCAAAUUGGUUGCAAGAAAUAUGCAUCUGUGAAUAUGGUGGAAAUGGAAGGCGAGUGAGACCUUAAUUAACCUUAAUUAGUUUGACUAUGCUUUUCCAUUAUUGUCUACUUUUGUAUGUUAUCUGCCUGUCUGUUAUGUGGUUCCAGUAUUCUAGACAAUCCUUGAAGGCAGUCCCCACAUCUUGAGAGAUCCUUGAGAGAUGGGGGUGGGGAGAAGGCAGAGGAAAAGGAAAGCAUCUGCUGAAAUAUGUGCAGUGCUAGGUUUAUUGGUUGAUUAUGGGUCUUUUUUAAAAUGUGGAAUUGUUUUUGGUAAUUAAGAUGUUUAAACCUCAUCCAUUAUGUUUUUGCAAUAGGAGCUGCAAUAUGGACAUAGUGCUUGAUGGAACAGGGAAGUCUGGUAGCCUUUUGUUUUAUACAGCAAUCACAUAUGUUCCUGUGACAGACUAAAAAUUUGGUCAUUAAAAAACCCCUACUUUAAUCAGAACCAUAUUUACUCUGAUGGCAAUCCUAUAUUCAUCUGUUAUGGUUAUGUUUUCAGAGCCAUGUAGGCUUUUAUGAGACAAUUGUAUACUGUAUAAUGAGCAAAUAUUCUUUUAAUAAAAAAAAUCCUUGAAGUGAGACUAUUUCCUGGCUUUACGUUUUGCCAUACCAUAAUAUACUUCUCAAGCUCAGUCUAAGCAUUAAUGUUAAUCUGUGGAAGUUGCUUGAAGUAUAGUCGUACAUUGGAGCUUGAACACCUUGCAAGUCAAAUGUUUUGGCUCCAAACGCCGCUAGUGAGUGUUCCAGUUUGCGAAUGUUCUUUGGAACCUGAACGUCUGAUGCGGUUUCCGCAGCUUCCGAUUGGCUGCAGGAGCUUCCUGCAGCCAAUCAGAAGCCAUGUCUUGGUUUCUGAACAUUUUGGAAGUCGAAUGGAUUACGUUUGACUUCUGAGGUACCACUGCACUUCCUUUGUGGUGAUGUAUUCCUGCCUCCACCAUACUGUGUUGCACUCCCACAUUCUAUGUGAUUUUUCUACCUAGUCGAGGUAACUUCUGUGGCAGUAGGAACAUAAGAAGAACAGGUCAACAUCACUUCUUGUCCAGCAUUCCACUCUGAGUGGCUGCUUAAUGGGAGCCCCCAAGUAGGGAUCUAAGCAGAACACCACUCUCCCCACUUGUGAUUCCCAGCAAUGGUCAUUCAGAGGCAUAUACUGCCUCCAACAAUAGUGGUAGAACAUAGCCAUCAUGUCAGCUGGGAUAGGUCAGUUGGUAGAGGAUGAGACUCUUAAUCUCAGGGUUGUGGGUUCAACCCUGAACCCACAAAUGUUUCCUGCAUUGCAGGGGUUUGGACUAGAUGACCCUUGAGGUCACUUCCAGUUCUACAGUUCUAUGAUUCUAUAUGGCUUGUAGUUACUGUUAGCAUUUUUUUUGCCAUAAAUUUGUCUAAUUUUCUUUUAAGGCCACCCAGUGUGGCUUGUUCUGGCAGUGGCUACAAAAAUAAUGUGGGUGGCAGCACUACAUGUUGGUGUAAUAACAGGUGUAAAGUGCCACUUGAAGACAUAGCCUUACUCUGAGUUCUGCUUAGAUCAGUAUUGAUACUCUUGUUGAUAGUAAUAGUCGAAAAUCUCAAGCACAGAAGCAUUUCCCAGCCUUGCUACUUAAAAAUCCUUUUGAAGAUUCCAGGGAUUAUAUGGGCCUUUGGUCUGAUCCAACAGGACUUUUCUGAGCAUGAUAAUUGUAUCCCAGCAACGGUAUUGGCUACCCCAGUUUGGGGGAAACUACACUGUAUCUAGCCCUGAAGAAUAUGGAACUGCAGGGACUCCACUACAGCAAUAGUCUCCCAGAUUUGGAACGGCUGAGCUAAGUACAAUUAUCAUUGCAUAGUACACCAUGUCAUUUCUUUACUUUCUCACUGCUUAGACUGCCAAUGGAAGAAACUUGCUGUCUUGGACUAGUCAACCUGCUUGCUUGCCUUUCAACCCUUCCACUGCAAUUUAUUUUCCUCUUUCAUCUUGCCCUUACCAGUGGCUGUACCCAGUUCUGACACAAUGCUGGCCUUGAAUGCCCAAGUGUUCUAUACUGCAAAUAAGUACAGAUUCUCUGGUGAGUCUGGCUUAGAUGGCAGAUUCAUGUUUCUGGUGUCCACUUCUAAAAAACAGAUAUGCACCUAAAACCAUUAGAAAAAUCCUUAUGUCCAUAAUAAGGCUGCUGAGACCAGAAGCUCCAGGAUUCCAUGCAGAGGAAGGAGGAGACACCAAAUCUAGAUUUUUCACUAGGAAGCUCAAAGGUCCGAUAAUAGAUUUGCAUAAAAUUCCAUUAAAAGCACCUGAUGUGAAGAACUCAUAGUCUACUCUAUAAAGAAACUUGGAGAACUUGGACUAACAUUUUAGUAAGUAAUUUUGUGCCUUACUGUUAUUUGUAAUUAAUGGUCACCCUUCAUUCCAUGAUGGGGUCCCAUGAUGAAGUAUAAAUGACAAAAACUAAAGAACACUAUAAAUGUUAAAUUAAAUAAGAUUAAAAACACAGCUUCCAGCCAUUAAAACAGUUCAGCGAGCCAUAAAAAUAACCAUGCCUUUGCUUACACUCCUUCCAAUGCCCAUGAAAAGAUACUGUAAACAGUGACGCAGAGAUCAAAGCAUUGUACUGCAUUAGCAAAUGCACCCCACACCUGGCCACUACCACAUAAACACAUUAUGCAGAAGCAGGAUGUGUAUUUUUAAGAAACUGGUAUGGUGGUUAUCUUCAUUUUUCCAAGCUGGGAUCAAGUGGUAGUGGUUCCAUGUGCUGCCUUGUGGUAUUUUCACUAUUACUUCCCAAAUCUGAACCCCGCCUGUGUGCAAUUCCAGAAGAGUAUUUCACCUUCUGCAUGUUAGUGGUUGAUAAUUUGGUAGCCACAAUAAGAUGUAGCACAAUUUUUUCCCUACCAUUUAGUAAGUGGGCUCUCUCUGUCACUGAGCAAAGUACGUUGGCACACCAUAACACUUGCCAAUAAGCGCUCUAGUAUUGCGCUUUCUCCUCCAGAUGUUUUCAGGUGGAAAGUGGGGGUGGGGGGAGGAGGGAGCAGAGAAACAAUAGAUGCCAAAUCUGCAUCUGUGUUAGACUCAAAAUUCUGCUUGCCAAAAUUGCAGCCGAGUUCCUUAAAUAACAAAAUUAGCUUUUCUAAUUCCCGUUGACUUUUUUUAACCUCCACAGACUUUUGCAUAAAAGGCACAAGCAUGAGCAUUUAUUCUUUUUAACACAAGGGGAAUCCCAGGCAAUAGGAAGUCUUGAUUCAUAUAUUUAAGCAAUUUUACUCCACACACUUGCAGUUCAGAACUACAGUACUGAGAAAAUGCAUUACAUGCUAUCAGCGCAGUUGAUACAAUACAAGCAGAGACUUAUUAUGUAGCAGCUACCUACUGCUUAGUGUAUUGGGAAAUGUGUUACAUAGUUGUGCUAUUAAAUUCUCAUCUCAAGAGCUGUAUGCUAUACAUUACUAUGAAGAAUGAAAUUAAGGAACUAACUGCCAUCACAUAGACUGACUGCAUAUGUCUUCCAGCCUCAACAAAGCAGUAAAAUUUCUUGAUACCCUAAAUGACUGUGCCCUAGAGCAGUUGGUCAUGUAACAGACUAGAGAGAUGGCAACUCUGGGCCCUAAUCUUUAAGUAGCACCCAAGCCCUGGUGCAAUAUGCAAGUGUUGCUGAAACUGUGCAGGGAGCAGUGACCAUAAUGCUAUUAAAUUAAAUAUACAGUGGUACCUCUGGUUACGAACUUAAUUCGCUCCGGAGGUCUGUUCUUAACCUGAAACCGUGCUUAACCUGAGAUAUCACUUUAGCUAAUGGGGCCUCCCGCUACCGCUGCACGAUUUCUGUUCUCUUUUUUUUUAUAUAAGAUAUUUAUUAAGGUUUUCAGAAUAUUACAAGACAAAAAAAGAAGAAAAAAAGAAAAAUACAAAAUAAAAACAGUUAAAAACAAUUCCUUCCUUCCGUUACUUAGCCUUCAUUUGCUUAUUUCCAGGACCUCCUCACACCUCCCUUUUUUGUAUUCCAAUUCAGUUAUUAGUUCAACAAAUCCCUCCCCUCUUUAUGUAUCCUAAUCGUUAAUCAUAAAGUAUUUGUAAUUUUAAAUUUUUACCUAUUAAUAAACCAUUUUUUUUUCAUAUUCCCUUAUAACAUUUCGGCUAAAGACCACUUAGUUUCUAUCCGACAUCAUUCUGACAUUCAUUAAUUUUGCAAUAUUUCUGUAAAUAGUCUUUAAACUUUUUCCAAUCUUCUUCCAUCGACUCUUCUCCCUGGUCUCGGAUUCUGCCAGUCAUUUCCGCCAAUUCCAUAUAGUCCAUCACCUUCAUCUGCCAUUCUUCCAAGGUGGGUAGAUCUUAUGUCUUCCAAUACUUUGCAAUGAGAAUUCUUGCUGCUGUAGUAGCAUACAUAAAAAAAGUUCUGUCCUUCUUUGGCACCAAUUGGCCGACUAUGCCCAGGAGAAAGGCCUCUGGUUUCUUCAAGAAGGUAUAUUUAAAUACCUUUUUCAAUUCGUUAUAUAUCAUCUCCCAGAAAGCCUUGAUCCUUGGGCACGUCCACCAAAGGUGAAAGAAUGUACCUUCAUUUUCUUUACAUUUCCAACAUUUAUUAUCGGACAAAUGGUAGAUUUUUGCAAGCUUGACUGGUGUCAUGUACCACCUGUAUAUCAUUUUCAUAAUAUUCUCUCUUAAGGCAUUACAUGCCGUAAAUUUCAUACCUGUGGUCCACAACUGUUCUCAGUCACCAAACAUAAUAAUAUGUCCAAGAUCUUGUGCCCAUUUAAUCAUAGCAGAUUUCACCAUUUCAUCCUGAGUAUUCCAUUUCAACAGCAAGUCACGAUUUCUGUUCUCAUCCUGGGGCAAGGUUCUUAACCUGAGGUACUACUUCCGGGUUAGUGGAGUCUGUAACCCAAGGUGUUUGUAACCCGAGGUACCACUGUACAUUUAAAUGUACAUUUUAAUCACCAAUUGCCAAGUAAAUCCAACAUGGUAGCCUGUGAUAUCAAAAGAGGAAACUGCCCAGAAAUGAAGGGAUGGGGGGGUGGUAUUUAAAAAGGUGAAAGGCAAAGCCAAGAGGGUCAAAUUAAUUCAAAACAUCUUCACUGAGCUAUGAGUCCAAGGUCUCAUUCCUUGCCAGACUUUGCCAGUUCAGACCCCAUGAGUAUAUAUGCAACAUUAUUUUUUUUAAAAAAUUUGCCCCAACGUGCAUGACUUUACACUUGUUUAUAUUGAAUUGAAUUUGCCAUUUUACCACCCAUUCACUCAGUUUGGAGAGGUUAUUUUGGAGCUCUUCCCAACCUUUUUGUUUUAAGAACCUUGAACAAUUUAGUAUCAUCAGCACACAUGGCCAUUUCACAGCUCAGUCCUAACUCUAGAUAAUUUAUGAACAAGUUACAAAGGACAUCCAGCAGGGACUUCACUUUCUCUAUUCCUCCAUUGGGAGAACUGUCCAUUUAUUCCAGUUAUUCUUCUUGUUAACCAGUUCCUGACCCACAAGAGGAACUCUCCUCUUAUUCCCUGACUGCCAAGCUUACUCAGGAGUCUUUGUAUACCAUCCCUGUUUCACUGUACGUAUGGAAGCCAGACAGCUGUGGCCAUUCAUGCUACUAGUUUCUAAACCUAAACACACCAGUGAAUAAGCCCCAUUGAUCAUAGUAGAAUUUACUUCCAAGUGAACAUGUGUAGGAUUAGUUAUGGCUAUUAAUCUUUAACGUGUGAUGCAUUCCUAAAUCUUAUGAAUAAAUAUGAGAAAUGCAGAGUUUUAAAACAUUUUCAGCAUGUUGCAGAUGAUUUCACGUACAAUUACUUUGGGGAUUUUUCCCCCUCACCAUUUUUUAUUAACCCUGCUCCCAUUCCAGACCUGUUUUGGAGAGGGAGGGGAGUUCUAUGUUACAAUGCAUAGCUAUGUAAGUCUACUCAGAAAUAAAACCCAUUUAGUUCAAUCAAACAUACACGUAUCUAGGAGUAUAGGAUUGCAGUCCGAAUCCAUGUCUGAUAAGUGGCACUACUUUUAAAAUAUCACAUGUUUCUCUGCUUCUACACUGAGCUAAAUAUGAAGCAUCUAAGGACUGACUUGUUUUUCUGUUACCUUUGCUAGCUGUUAUUGGCUUCACUAACACAAGUGAUACAGUGCUUCUCUAUUGGUCAGGAUUCAACUAGCCCUGCGCUGUGCUAGUGGAAGCUUAUGCAAGGACUACCAUUGGGGGUUUUCCCCUUCCCACCCCAUGGUCUCUGUACACUUCUCCCAAAUCCACCCGGGGUGUGUGUGUGUGUGUGUGUGUGUGUGUGUGUGUCAGAAGAACCUCCAAAGCAGCACAGAUAGGAAGGAGAAUGGGAAUCACUUUGUGUGGCAAGCUGAAAUAUUGUCCUGAUGGACCAGUGAUGUUGAACUUGAAUUCCUCCAUAAGGUCCCAAUGGAUGGCUUCUGUUCUGAAGAAUAAAAAUGAUGAGGCAGAGUUUAUGUUAAUAUUUGAAUUUUGAUAAGUCCUUAAAAAUAAAAGCCUACUUUUUUUUUUUAGUUUGUACAGCCUGCACAACUUCUGUAAAACUUAAGGUGACCCAUUCUUUCCACUGUAUAAUAGAAAUCUACUUUUUCCAGCAAAUUAACACUUUGAAAGCUUUUUAGUGGUAAAGCACCCCAGGCAAGUGCAUUGCUAGGCAAUUAUAAUAUGCUACCACUGAUAUAUAAAAGGUGCAAGGCUGCAGACCAAAAUGGCUUUUAGCACCAGAGGGGGAAAAAACACUGUAAUUGCCUUAAAAUGCAGUGCCUGGAGUGUCUAGCUUCCAUUAUGAACUGGAAUUCAUGCAUAUUACAUGUGUGCACAUGCACACCACAGAGAGAGCUACCUGAGAAAAAGCAAUUUGUGAGUGUGUGUCAUCACAUAAAUAAAUGGCACCAAUAAACCAACAGAACGUUUAAAAGUAAUAGAUAUAAUUUGCAUGUAUAUGCUUGCAAAGCUGUGCACCUGAAAUUUAGGGUGGUUCCCACCCCCACCCCCAUCCCUUUAGCAUGUGAAAGUUUUUGAGAAACGCUGUGGAGUCCCUAAGACAGUUGGAUGCCUCCUUCUGGCAACUCCUGCAGCCAAGCUGGUGCCAAAUGUAUUGCUCUGCUUGCAUCUGGCCCAUAUCAGCGAGGCUGAGAGUGGGGGUCUUCUCAUCUGGGCAGCCCAAGGUUCAUGCACACUGCCUAGGUUUGUGCCCUGAGGAGGUCACUUCAGUGCUGUUAACGUAUCAGUUAGACUUCACCCCCAGAGGUGAAUUCCAUUGUCUCUCGAGGCAGAUAGAUGCCAGCUAUCUGUGCAAGCUUUUCUACUUGCCAAGUGGAACAAACCCUCUUUCCUCCCUCUGAGUGCUGUUCUGGGGGUUCUCUUGUACCCCUCAGAGCUGAUUGAGGGGUACAGGGGAAGAAAUCUGGCUCUAUGUGUGGGGUAGCAUUUCCUUGCCACUAGUCUCCUACAUCACUGGGCUUGGGGUAACAUUUCAAGACCAGAUACCAUUUUGUUGAGACUGCGUCAUGAAACACAGGCAAGCUUAUGUACUGUUUGUCACCUGGAAUAUAUUAAACAUUCCCGAACCUUUGUGUGAUCAGAUGCAGCAUGCAGGUUUCAAAGAUUUCUCUUGCAAUCUCACCUAGACCCUUGGCACUGAAAAAAGCUGCAGUUCGCAAGAGUGUUGCAUUUUAGUAAGCCUGGAGGCGUGUAGAAUGCUCAGUGACUUAGAGAACAAAAACAGUGGCCUAGCAGAAUUAGGUAAAUUUUUGAAAAUAUUUUCUGUUCAUAUAUUGGUUGACUCUGCAGAGUUUACUGCAAACACAAGCAACUUCUUCUUCUUCUUCUUUAUUGAUUUUAUAUACCGCCCUAUACCCAGAGAUCUCAGGGCAGUUCACAGAAGAAAAUCAAAAUACAGAACCACAGAAUACACAGUCAAAACAAAAACCCACCACAUUUUGAAAGGGCAUAGGAUAUCAGUCAAAUCAACCAAAGUUCUGGUUAAAAAGGAACUUUUUUGCCUGGCACCUAAAGGUGUAUCAUGAAGGAGCCAGGUGAACUUCCCUGGGGUGAGCAUUCCACAGAUGGGGAGCCACUUCAGAGAAGGCCCAUUCCCAUGUUGCUACCUUCCGGACCUUUCGAGGAGGAGGCACACGAAGAAGGGCCUCAGAAGAUGAUCUCAGGGUCCGGGUGGAAAGAGGUGGUUCUUGAGGUAUUGCGGUCCUGAGUCAUUUAAGGCUUUAUAGCUCAAAACCAGCACUUAGAAUUAAUAGUGAGCUAGUAGUUAGGGCUGAAUGCACUGGACAUUUUUGCCUACAUAGGUAGCAGUUGCGGAAGAAUAACCCUGAGUCAGUAACCAUAGGCACACUUGGCUAUGUAAACAAGCUGUUUAAUAUAUUUUUGGGGUUCCAUUUGUACCAGGGAUCUGGUACAGUGGUGCCUCGCAAGACGAAAUUAAUUCGUUCCGCAAGUCUCUUCGUCUUGCGAGUUUUUCGUCUUGCGAUGCACGGUUUCCCAUAGGAAUGCAUUGAAAAUCAAUUAAUGCGUUCCUAGGGAAACCGCCUUCAGACCAGGUCCGGGGACAGUCUGUCCCCGGACCUCUUCUGAAGGCUGAGGGGCAAGGGCUUUUCUUCCUACCCCCAGCAUUUUUAAAACCCGGGACAGCGGAGGACUUCUCCGCUGUCCGGGCGAUCUUAAAAUGCUGGCGGGCGGCAUUUUAAAAUCACCCGGGACAGCGGAGGACUUCUCCGCUGUCCGGGGCAAUUUAAAGCCCCUGGGAAGGCAGGCAGGGGGACAAAGACUUUUGCCCCCGCCAGCCUUCAGAAGAGGUCCUGGACCUCUUCUGAAGGCGGGCGGGGGCGAAAGUCUUUGCUCCCCCGCCUCAAAAGCCCUCCGGGACAGGCAGGCAGGGGGAGCAAGACUCUCGCCCCCGCCCACCUUCAGAAGGUCUUCCUCCCCCCGCCCGGCGUCGGAGCACCGUCCCGAAGCCGGGCGGCGGCGGGAGGUCUUCCCUCCCCGCCCGGCCGGAGCACCGUCCCGAGCCGGGCGGCGGGGGAGGUCUUCCUCCCCACCGCCCGGCCGGAGCACCGUUCCGGGCCGGGCGGCGGGGAGGUCUUCCUCCCCACCGCCCGGCUCGGAGCACCGCUCCGGCCGGGCAGAGGCGGGAGGUCUUCCCUCCCCGCCCGGCUCGGAGCACCGCUCCGAGCCGGGCGGCGGCGGCAGGUGUUCCCUCCCCCGCCCGGCCUCGGAGCACCGCUCCGAGCCGGGCGGCGGCGGCAGGUGUUCCCUCCCCCGCCCGGCUCGGAGGAGCCUUCCGAGCCCGGCGGCGGCGGGAGGAGGUGUCCCCGCCCCGCCGCCAGGCUUCGGAGGAGGUCCGAGGACAGUGGGGAAGACGCGCUGCGCUUCCCGCUGUCCCUGAGAUUUCCCUAUGGGCUGUCGUCUUGCGAAGCAAGCCCAUAGGAAAUUGUUCUAUGAAGCGCCUCCAAAACGGAAAACCCUUUCGUCUAGCGGGUUUUCCGUCUUGCGAGGCGUUCGUCUUGCGGGGUACCACUGUACAUAGUGUAAAAUUCACUAUGUUGUGCAAAAUGAUGUGGGACUCUGGCUUGGGUGCUGUGCCUUUAAAAGCUGUGCAACAGGUGAGCAUUCAGCACAGAUGCUACAUUUCCCUAGUGUGAACAUGUAGUGAAGAGGAAAUCUUUACAUGUUGAAUUUCUGCCUAUUAAGAAGCUUCAAGUACAGGCAGAUGCUCUGGAUGCAAAUAACCACCAUUCCUAAAAAAUGUAAAAUUCUGAUCUCCAGCUAUGAAUUGUGUGUCUGGCCUAAUUUGGACACAGGAGAACACAUUGAGAGAAUUCUAAUUUCCUAGAGAGAGAACUUGGUGCUUUUCAAACAAUAGAUCAUCUGAUAUUUUACAUAGCAGCCAGACACAUUCUAGGACAAGGCUGGCACACCCAGGGAACAUCUAGAGUUUCUGGAAAUUAGUACCCUUACUUUUUGCCUGCUGAGUCUGAAAAUGUUAACUGUAAUUUGGAGGAGCCAAAACCAAUCCAUCUUUCUCUGUUGCAUACUGCCAGCCAGAGUGAGCUUUAAAACAGGAGCAUUUAGGAUUAAAUCAUACUGAGGGCCAGACUAGAAAGAACUGUUAAUUGCACACGGAAUGGGGAGAGGAAGCUUAACUCUUUCUCUUCCUGCUAUGGUCCCAACAAGAAUCCCUUCAUAGAAGCUGCUAUUUGCAUCUCGAGGGAAGCUCCCAUUGGUGCCAGCAGAGGCCUCCCUGGAAACGCAAAUAGCAGCUGCAAAUAGAAUGAAACUUCAAAUCCCCCCUGCCCUGGUCCUGAGGCUGCCUUCUCUGUGGCUGCUAUCAAAAAGUACUGAAUCUGCUCAUGGACUGAAUUCAUUUGCCAGGCCCAGAGCUGCAUGGGCUGCUGCAGCCUUAAGGGAAAAUUCUGCAAGACUGAGCAUAGCCCCCUCCCCAACAAGAGCUUAAGGUGGUUUGGAAGAGGGAUUGCUGCCCAUGGUGUACACACUUCUCCCGCUAGUGACCCUGGUAAACACUGUAAGGUACCCUGAUGUAUUACAGCAUCUUUAGAAGGAUCAGACCACUGAGAGGUUAAUUACAUGAGAGCAGGAAUGAAAGACCAUGCGGUUUAUCCACUGAAAGCUAAACGGGACCUUAAAUUACAGUGACAUUGCAAAAUUCCAGUAAGGAAAUUAUUUUGAGAAAACAUGUUGACAUUUAUUUUUCACCCCUGUUAGAGGCAUAUGUUGUUGAUUUUCAAGUAUGGGAAGACUGCAAACAGGACCAAAGUACAGCAGCAUCACCCUCACUCUUCAUGAUUCUCAGCUGCUAUACACAGGUGUACGGCCUUGAAUAGUAGUAGAACAUGUUGCUGUAUGAUACUCUGUGUGGAGUCUUCGUUUUGAGUACCAAGGCUGAGGUGUGCUCAGUUCCAUUCCUGGUUAUCCCCAAGUUUUCUUUAUUUCAGCAGUCUAAUUUAUAUUAGGGGAAUUGCUAUUGUUCAACUACUUAGAGGUUGGUUUGUUUUUACAAUCAAACAAUAUAUAAAUAUUGUUAAAUAAAUAAAAAUAAACUCUUUUGUUGUGACUAGAUCCCAUUCCAUAAUUUCCAUCAGUACUUGCUCAUGACUGAAUUUUGCCCUUUGUGUAGAACUGUUCCCUUACUAAUAUAUUUUUGUUAUAUUCCAAGUGGUCAGUCUUACUUUUGAAAACAGCUGAGUACAAGUUAUUUUUAAAAGGUAUGGAAGCUCUAAUGCACAUACUAGGUUCCCUCCACCAAAGAGGUUUCGCUUUUCAGUGAACAGAGCCCACUUGCUUGUGUAUUCCUUUGUACAGCUUCUUUCACUGAAAUAAUAAAUGAAGAUGCCCAUGUAGUCUGCAAUUGCGUACUGUAUCAACAAUGCAAACUAUGGGCAGUCUGGAUUGGGAUAGUAUGGUGGCAGAAAUGAUUGCAAAAAAGAUCAUAAAGAUGCCAACGGCAUUUACUGUCUUGAGUAUCUGUGAGUCUAAUGUAAUAUGGUGUGUGUUAAUGAAUUUUUAAAAAUAGAAGCUGACUUUAAACUGGGAAACAUUAGCCCCCACCCAAAAAAAGAAACCACAGUCACGACUUGCCAGGUAAAAAAACCACCCUCUAUUAAAUAGUAAGCGACUUCUGGUGUGAAUCAUAUCCUUUUGAAGUAUGUUUUCUAGGUGAUUGAAGUCAUAUGGGUUGAUUGAUAGUUGAGUUAUAUAAAUGUAGGUUCCUGCCCCACACCCUAAUUUAAGUACACAAUGGAUAUCAAUAUUUUUUUUUAGCCUGUUAAGCUCUCUUCCAUACAGUAACUAACACAAGCCAUCAAACAUCUUAAAAAUAAAUAGUGUUGUUAUCCUGAUUUUGGUUGACCAUCUGCCAGGUUUGUAAGACAAGCCCUCUUGAAUUCUUGGUUGGAAUUCAACAUAGUGCUAAGUAAGCAUUCCUCAGUGCAAGAAUUUCUGCUCAUUCAACCAAACAUUCUCCCCCUGUGUACCCCCUAAAUAUGUUCUAGGGGUUACUCCGACCCCCCAGGGACAGAUUUGGGGCACAGGAGGAGAAGGGAGGAAAGACCUGUUGCACCGAUAGAAAUCCUUGUCCUGACAGGAUAGGUUAGUUGAAUCCUGCCCCUUCUGUUGGAAUUCAGUAUCUUUGCAUAGUUGAAAAAACAAACAAACCCUGACCAGACAGGCAAACCCUUUGGCUAAUGAUUGACACUGAGGGAUGCAUGUGGCCACCGUAAUUAGUGGCCAUUGGUUACAUAUGCACCCUCCAGGUUUAGAUGCUGUAUGCCUCUUGAAGGCAACUGCUGUGGAGCAACACCAUAUCCCAUUAUGUGCUGAAGUAUAUUUGGAAUCUUUUAUGUCCUCAGAGUUAUGCUCUGGGUUAAGAGAGAGAAUGAAUGGAAAUCUUUUUCCAUAAUCUUUAUCAAUGCCGAUUUUCAUGUUGCCUUUUAUGAACCCAUCACUGCCUCCCAGUGGUACAAGCUAGCAUCAGAUAUGAAAUAAAAGAGAGUUUGUGAGUGCAGGAGCUGAUGAAGUAUGUGUAGCCGAUUUUAUCUGUUAUUGUGUUUGAUAUUGGUAUGCUGAGUUUUGUUAGACUGUUAAGACUGUGAUGGUGUUUUGGACAGCAAGAAGCACAGCGAGAUACAGUGUAUAUAUAACCCCAGCUGAAGGAUAAGAUGAUGCACUAUUGAAUACAGUCAUACCUUGGUUCUCAAACGGAAUCCGUUCUGGAAGUCUGUUAGACUUCCGAAAACAUUCAAAACCAAGGUGCAGCUUCUGAUUGGCUGCAGGAGCUUCCUGCAGCCAAUCAGAAGCCACAGAAGCAGCGUCAGACAUUCGGGUUCCAAAGAACGUUUGCAAACCGGAACACUUACUUCCGGGUUUGCAGUAUUCAAGAGCCAAAAUGUUCAAGUCACAAGGCGUUUGACAACCAAGGUACAACUGUAUUCAAGCUAUUUUAAAAAAAUACUAAGUGGAAAAGAAACUUUAUAAUGGAGACAUCUCCCCCCCCAUCCUGCCCUGUUUGUGCCCAUGAUGGCGCAUUGGGCUACCACCUGGCUGAAACUAAGCAGACUUGGGUCUAUAUGUCACCUUGGGUUCCAUGAUGGAAGAAUGGUGGAAUACAAAUGUAGGGUGGGAUGGUCGUCAUCAUCAUCAUCAUGAAGCUGGAACUUCUGUGUUAAAAUCAGCUAGCUUAAUAAAUAAGUACUUGAGAAAGUUUACGCAUCUGACUAUGUCUACAUUAAUGUGUCAAAGCAAUUCUGCCCAUAAGUAGGUAAGGAAGUGUUCAGAUUUGUGACUCCUUUUUGUCUCUGCUGCCACAGGAAACCUUUACAGGAAGAGUAGCAGGAUCCCAUAUUAGCAAGAUCCCAUAAUCCAAGGUAGCUACAAACUGUAAUAAUAAUAAUAAUAAUAAUAAUAAUAAUAAUAAUAAUAUAAUUUCAAAAUUAUUAGACCUGUCAGUAGCUCUUUUUGUUGAGUGUAUUGUUUGUAUGUUGUGUUUGUAGGUGAAAUAUUCAUAAAGAAUCAUAUGUGGUCUUCAUAAUUUUGCAAGUAAUUGGUAGGUAGCUACAUGGUAUAUGCCAACUAUGGACUGAGUAGUAUAAUAGAUGAAUGAAAGUAUCAAUCCUUCUACAACAUAUAGCCAGACGUUUAAAUGACAGAGAAGUCCUCCAGCAGUUCCCUCUUGGAAGAAGAUAUGAAACUACAUUUCUGUGAUGUGGAAUUGCUCCGUUGCUAGCUCAGCUAGACAGCUAGGUGCUUGAGCAGAAUCGGACAUUUCUUCUCAGGGUCUAAUAAUGCAUGGAUAAUAAUAAUAAGAAUAAUAAAUUUUAUUUAUAUCCCGCCCUCCCCAGCUGGAGCUGGGCUCAGGGCGGCUAACAACAAUAAAACAGUACAACAGUACAACACAACACAACACUCUAAAAUCAUUCAUUAAUUCAUUGGUUGAUUAAUUCAUUCAUAAUUAAUUCAUUGGUUGAUUAAUUCAAAUCAACCAUUGGGCCAGAGCUCCGCGAAGAUUGCCGAAGGAGGGAGUCAGGCUGUGCCCUGGCCAAAGGCCUGGUGGAACAGCUCUGUCUUGCAGGCCCUGCGGAAAGAUGUCAAGUCCCCCAGGGCCCUAGUUUCUUGUGACAGAGUGUUCCACCAGAUCGGAGCCACGGCCGAAAAAGCCCUGGCUCUAGUUGAGGCCAGCCUAACCUCUCUGUGGCCUGGGACCUUCAAGAUGUUUUUAUUUGAAGACCGUAAGUUUCUCUGUGGGACAUACCAGGAGAGGCAGUCCAGUAGGUACGAGGGUCCUAGGCCGUAUAGGGCUUUAAAGGUUAAAACCAGCACCUUUAACCUGAUCCUGUACUCCACCGGGAGCCAGUGCAGCUGGUAUAGCACCGGGUGAAUGCGUUCUCGCAGCGAGGACCCCGUAAGGAGUCUCGCUGCAGCAUUCUGCACCCGCUGGAGUUUCUGGGUCAGUCUCAAGGGCAGCCCCACGUAGAGCGAGUUACAAUAAUCCAGUCUGGAGGUUACCGUCGCGUGGAUCACAGUGGCUAGGUCAGGGCGAGAGAGGUAAGGAGCCAACUGCUUAGCUUGGUCAGCGCAUACACCCAAAGAGGCUUUCCCUGAUGUCCUGCCCCCUGCUGAAAUCAGGUUUGCACUAAACCUAUUGUAGACAAUAGAAUGCAUUUUUCAACACUAAUUAUGUCAUGUGAAUGAUUUGGGAACCCGCAGGGGAUGUACUCUGACGCCUGAAAUACCCCCAGAUUCACCCUCCUGACUUCUUUCCCUGAUCACAGCAUUCAGCACUCUGCUGCAUGGCCACAUUCUAACCUUUCCCUGGGUAGCAUUUGCAUGGUGAAUAUGAUAUGUGAUGCUAAUGAUGUAGCUGCAGCAAUCUCUAUUUCCUGUUAUUGUGAUGUUUUUAAAAAAUGUGCAGCCAGAGUCUCAGAAAUCUCCUCAAGUCCAUUUCUGUAUCUGUGGAGGAGCUGGGUCACACAUUAGGUUGUAUGAGGAAAUACGUUCUCAGGGAUGGUAAUGCGAAGAAAAUUCUAUAACAUCUGAUUCAGCCCACACUUUCCUGUCUCACACCUUAAUGUGUGCCAGUUGGAAAUUGCUGUUAGAUUGGUUCUGAGCCUUCUUUGUGAAAGAAUCUAUAUUAAUGGACUUCUUAGAAAUUGAUCUACAUUUUGUAUUAGAAAAUGAUUGCAAGUGCUUCCUUAAAUUGUGUUUUGAAGGAAUAAUUGAUACAUAAUCACAUUUGAUGAUGAGUCUCCUUUUUAUUUAUUAAUUUUUUGCCAGGAUGAUAGGCUACUAAAAAAUAUAACAGCCCUGCAGGAUCAAGUGAAGAGUUCAUCUAGUCUAGCAGUCUCUUCCUAACAUUGGCCAGCUGCAUGCUUCUGGAAGGCCCACCAGGAGGCUAAAUUUUACAAGAAAACAAUGUGGUGGUGUGACCACUUUUCUGAAAGAUGCUGUCUUGAAUAUUGCCUCUGGUCAUAGUGAACUGCUGUCCCAUAGAGAUCCAGUUCUUGCACUUGGAUAAAAUCAACGCUUAUAUGAUUUGAGGGUAGCUACAUUAUUGGGUUUAAUUCUGUAGAUAAGUUUUAUUAUUCAUGCAGAUUAUGCACGUGUGUGACUCCUAGGAUGAAUCAGAGCACAUAGUAAUAAAUAUCUCUGCUUAAGAUUGUUUCUUGAAAGUCUUAACAGUUCUCACUUCAUGAUACUGGAUUCUUAAAUGCAAUUGGCACUAUCUACCCACCUUCAUUUCUGUGAAAGGUUCCCCCACCCCGCAAAAUUGUUGCCUCUUUUGUUAAGAAGUGUGGAGAAAGGAUUCCUGGUAGAGUUGCUCCGAUGUAUAAAAUGGCCUUUCUUUGUCCAUAUGUAGUAUUAGUAAACAUCCUCUAGUGCGAAACUUACUCUGAAUGCAGUUGAAGUCCUUACAUCUACAAGAUAUUUCAAAAGUGCAACUGGUUUCCUCAUAUAUUCAGUCACACUUGGACUUCGGAAAUAUUUGAUCUUUCUGUAAAGGAUACAUAAAAGCAUGCCUUGCCCUAUUUUUCAUGGAGCAUCAUGUUUGCAAUGGAUAGUUUUGUAUAGUUGGAGUGGCCAUGUGUUUUAGGCAAUGGUUUGCAGCCGUGCCAGGGGAGCCACUGCAGCAAAAGUGAGGGACAAGUCUCUGAAGUGUGCUAUGUUGAUCCCUGGAGCAAGUAAGAUGAGCCUUCUCUAGAUUUUUGCUUCUGUCUUCAGAACCAAGUCCCUGUACGCUGCAGAACAGUUUUCAGGAAACCUAAUUGUUUGACCAAAGCAUAAUUAGAAGUUCAUGGUGGAAAUAUUGACUCAGACAUAAAAAUAUUGAUUGCAUAUGUUAUGUGAUUAAUUAAGAGAUCUGUGGGGAACAGACUUCACAUUCAUGGAUUAUUGUUCUAGAAGUGCACCAGCAAUUUUGCAAAUGGGCCAUCUCUUUUCAUUUUUGUCCCUUCUGUUGUCUCUAUACCCGCUCCACCCACCCCAUUACUGUACAGAAGCAUUUUGAUUCAGCUAAAUGUGAGGUUCAGUUUUAACACUUACUUGCUUACUUAGUCAAACCCUUAUUAGACAUUAAAAAUAUAGACCAUCCAUUUAUAAACAACUCUCCCAGUUUGCAACUAAUAAUUAUAUCUCUAAUUUCCUCCUCUUUCACCCUUGUCCACUCCUUUAGUUUAUCUAGUUUGUUAUUGUUGGACUCCUUUCCAUUCAAUUUACUAUGUAGAUAAUUAAAUAUGGAAACGAAAUACUGAGACAAUUUAGAUUCUGCAGUUGAUGGGACAGCUGGUUGGUCGCCAGCUUUCAGACCUCCAUAUACUCCCAACCAAAACACUUUGUUAUUUUUGUUUUGAAUUAAGUCAAUUGGGACCAUUUUUGGGUGGCAUCUUUUUGUUUCUUUUUGGCCAGAACUAGGUGAUAUUUUCUUUUUUCGUCAAAGUAGGAAGGUUCUAGUUUGGUACGGUUAUCUUUGGAAAUUUGGCACAUUUAUUUAUUUAUUUUUUAAGUUGAAGACAUUCAUUGUCGAACCAGGGACUAGUUCUGCUUUUAAGUACCCUGACUUUUGGUGGAGUGUUAAGCUCUUCAAACAUUUUGAAGAUUUCACUAUAUACUUCCAGAAUGUCAGUACAAGAAUUGAUGUUCUUUAGAUUAAAGAGUAAAGGUAAAGGUAAAGGGACCCCUGACCCCAGGUUCCUAAAAGCAACUAAGUUUUUGCCCCACUGCUAGAAUCAUUUCCUGGAACGAUUUUAGUUGGGCCAUUUGCUCAUGUUGACAAAAAAUUGUGUUGUUAUGAUUAGUUGUUUCUAAAUCAAAGCUUAAAUUUAUAGACAUCAGCAGUGGUUGGUGAUUGUUUUCAGUGAGUGUCCCAAUUCUAAAGUUCACUAUCAGAUUUACAGUGUCAAAAAGGACCAGCAUAUAGUUGAUGACACUACACCCUGGUGGGGGGGUAUGUAAAUUCCCUGUUUCUAUCACCAUCUAUUGAACCAUUCACAAUUUGUAAGUUAAAAUUAUUACACAACUCAAGCAAGCAUAUACCUUCCCUAUUUAUAACCUUGUCUCUAGAGAGUCUUCCUAUUUUCAUUGAAUGUGCAAUGCCAUUGGUGGUAUUCCUAUUUAAUACUCACCCUAGCAUUAAAUGAGGUGUUUGGGUAUCUAUCAAUCAAACUUUCAAUGUAAAAGUUUAGUUGUGACCAAUUCUCAACAGAGAUAUUACUUGAUGUAGCAAGGAGGGAUAUUGACAUUUAUAAGCAGCAAAAUAUCAUUUUUGGAAGUUAAAAGUAGAGCUUGUGCAAAUGAAGAGAAUUUUUUCUAACUGUUUGACUUCAAACGCUAGGGUGUCUUUAAACAGACCACAAAGCAUUGCUUUAGGCCGGCCCUUGGAGUUAGGUUUCGAUGCAGGGAUCGUAUAAGAUCGUAUAACUCCCCAAAUGCAUUUCUCAUUCAUACUCCGUGAAGAGCACACUUUUUCUUUCUUUCAUGCUUUAGGAGAAGGUGGUAGUAACUGAUGAUUCAGCUGGGAAAAUCCUGGAAUUGUAGUACAUAGUGACUGAAUGCUUGGUAAGUUUAUAGUAUCUGCCAUUUGCAUAGAAAAGGAGCAUGAAACUGUUCUCCAAAUAUGUAACAGGAAGGUCAGCUUUGAUCUUGUGUGAUUUAGCAGAAAAUCUAAGAGGUUUACUACAGGUUUCUAUUUGUUGGUUCAGGGGAAAUCUCACAUAUAUAUUGUAACAUGAUGAUGUCAAUCCUGUGUAAGCGAUGUCAGGUAUAUAAACUAAUAUCACACAUAAUCUUCACACAGGAUUUGUGUAAUUCCUUCCAGAAGUAACUUUUAUCUGAGAAUUUUGUAAGUUGUGAAACAAGCUUUAGUAAGUCCUGCACAGUAUAGAGGCUGAUUACUCAUAUUCCUGAAUUGGGCCUUUGCUUUUUAACAUCCUGGCUGCCAUGUUGUUUGGAUUGCCUUAUGACAGCCACCUCUGUAAUGACAGAUGAUGAAAAGAAUGCUGUCUGACUUCUACGUAAAGGAAAAGUAAAAAUAAAACAAAUGAUUGUCUUCCUUAGCAAAGAAUACAGCAAGGGCAGUACGCCAAUAAACUACGCACACUGGAUGACUAACAGGGCUCCUACAAUAUCAGUGUAGGCAGGGAAUGUGCUAUGUUGCCAAAAAAGCAUACCAUAGGUGCUUCCGAAUGCUUUUAGCCCCUUAAUGCCUUUCUCAAAAAUCAAAUUUUGAGGAGAAUGGUGCUCAUUCAUGCUUGAAAAACAAUUUCGAUAAUAAAUCAUUUUUAAACUGGUGGCCUUAGAUUUAGCCCAGAUGAAUCUAUCUGAAGUCACAGGGCUAAUUUAGCUUAUAUCUACAUACAAGGCUGAAGACCGAACUGUACAUUGUUGCUUCUUACUAGUUGAACAAUUGCUUCUAAAGAUAAAUAGUUGGGCUUCUGAGCAUGUGUUCAAUUUUCUUUCACUGAUAAAGUAUAUGUAGUGUAUAUGUUACUGACUUCAGCAGUUGCUUCUAACAAAUGUAUAAUAAUGAAACCAUUAAAAAUAGCUAGGCAUAAGAGGAGCAUCCAUAUAAAGUUACUUGUUUGAUCUCAGAGUAUAACUUCUUUCCCUGAUGCAAGGGAGAUAAUUUGUUGUUCUAUUAUGUGCUUUGUUAUACAAAUGCAUGUUUAGUGGUCUACACAAGUUAUGCUGUAAGUACCUCAAUACUAUGUAAAUAUGAAGUAGAGCCCAUGAAUGGGAGGCAGGACACAGUACCUAUCCACCACUACAUAUAUUCCAAGUAACUCCUCUGUGUACAGAAAUCAUGUGAUAGAGGUGCCUGUGUGUUGAAAGUCAAAGUCUGCUAACGGAAUGGGAAGUGACCAUAAGGCCAGGAAAAGCCUGGGACCAACCACAUUCGGAAGGGAGUAGAAAAAGAUGGUGUUUUAAUUUAAAUAUCAAAUUCUGAAUUUUGCACAUCCACAGAUUUCCAAUACAAAAUUUGGCUAGAUUUCAUAUAUGGGCAAAAUUAUUCCAAUGCAUUGGACUAAUGGCUGAAAUCACCAAUCGUUUUUGUGUUGUCUGCUACUGCUGCAGUUAAUUAGGGCUUGUUUUCUAUCCUCAUUAAUUCAGUUUAGAACUUGAAAUCCCAACCUCUUUCCCCACAAAUGUUUGAAAGCAGAGCAGUCUCCCUUUGCUUAAUUGAACAUUAUGAUGCUCUGUCUCUGGCUCCAAGUUACCAUGUGUAGAAAGCUAAAUGAAAGUAUAGCAUGAGAUAAUCUUCCCUGAUAAAAAUCAAAGGCAGGAAAAACUAAAUCUCUAACAACCCAUUGUCAGGAAAUAGAUUGUAAGAGAAACCUGAAUGAGUUGUCUUGUAUUUAUUCCAGAGAUUUUGGGGUUCUUUCUGGAGAUGUACAAGGUUUGAGCAUAGGAAGUGGCCCUGCUUCCUGCUCAGCAAUGUCUGCACAAACAGCUGUGGCUUCCUAGUCCUGUCUAGAGAUUCUGUCUAUUAAAACUGGAAUCUUCUUCGUGCAAAGAAUGUUCUCUUCCAUAGACCCUCGCUACAGUUUUCUACCAAAGGAAUGACUUAUCUUUUCAAGAAAUCUUACAGAGGAAAAUAUAUGAUAGAAAUUAUGGAAGAAACAUGGAAAUAAAAGACUACACUUUGGAAAAGAGCAUAAAUUUUAGAUGCCACCCACUGACCACUCUCCCCUUUCAGGUCCUUUGAAAUAAAAUAGUGGUUGCAACACAAGCAGUCGUUGCAGGAUACAGUCCACCAAUAACGUGGUCCAAAGGCCAAUAUUUUCCGGUUUGAGUUAUCAACAUUUGUCUCACUCAUAUCCACAGCUUUAUGCUUUAUACAGUUUUACAUUAUUGUGAUAAUUUUCCUUAACCUUCUUAAAAACACUUGGUAUUAGAACACACGUUUACACCGUGAACUGAAAUACAAUCAGCAUUAAUUAAGCCCCCCCCCCAAAAAAAACCACCCAUGGUGCUACUGAUGGUAUUAAAUGUUGUCUUGUUUUCCCCCCUUUUCAUUUCUUUCUUUCUAAAGGGUUUUUAAAGCAUAAAACAUUUGCAAAUUCAAGAUCAAUUGUCCGAGAAAGUAUCAGAAGUGUACCAGAGGAACCAUUGGGAGAAGUAACCAUGUGACUGAGAAUUUUUGCUGCUUGACAAAUGGUGAGUGCAUUACUGUGGAUCUUGACUUUUAAAAAAAGAAAAAAGAGUGCAAACUUUUCCACUUCACCAUAGUGAAAAUGUUCUAGAAAUAUUCUCAGAACAUUGCAGUGCAUAAGUUAGAAGCAUCCUUUACAGCCUGGACAUUCUGCAAAUAACCACUCCUAGUAACAUGCCCCUUUUAAAGCUCUUGGAUAUAAACUUUGGGCUGCAGAGAUUAAUUUAAAAAAAUACUAACUGCAGAAGGAAUCUAAAGACAACUUAAAGAAGAAGUUAAAAUAUUGUUGAUGGAAGUUUACUGGAAGCAGCUCUAAAACAACAGUAUACUAUAUCAUGAGUUCAGUAUCCAUAUUCACACCUAGAAGGUUAUCUCGGUGGAUCAAAAUUUCAGCACCAUGGACAGCAUAUUUUCGGCAACUGGGGAAUUUUUGACUUCCAUCCAUAGGGGUAAACUACUUCUUUUAAAAGCAGAUGAUUAUGGAAGACUGGGUGGUCUGCAGGUAUGAGAGAUCUAUGCAUACCUGAGUAAAGACUAUAGUAUUACACCACAAGAGCAGAAGAGUAGUUGGGAGAGAAUCUGCCCAGCUACUUGGAGAUUCCAAGACAAGAGUGAUACUUAAUUUUCUAAAAUGUGGGAGAAGAGACCCAUGUGAACUUGUGUUUCUUACCUGGGCUCAUCCUGAGGGAAACAGGAGUGGGAGUAAUAAGAGAUAGGAUGCUGAGGUAGCCAGGAGAAGGUUUGGUUGGGUGAUUCGUGGACAAUGAUCCACCAAACAGCAGAUUUGGCUUAUGCAUCACAGUAGUAUCUAGGAGACCUACAGUCUUACCUUUUCUGAAGAUGUGAUCUUUCUGUAAAGUAUUUAUGGCCUUUGAUACCCACAAAUCAGCAAGAACUAUAAUGCACAACACACAGCUGUCUUUGCUUACAGUCAACUCAUUGGAGGCAGAAUUUAAUCUUCCUCCUAACCAGUGCCAAGCUGUAAGUAGAAGUUAGGAGUACUUCCUCUCUGAUGCUAUGUGCCAAAUAAAUACAUGGAAGUAUUGCAGCCCUUGAGUGCAGUGGUACACUCUCAGCUACUGUUUUCAGAUCAGAUUCUGAGAAAACAGCUAAUGCUUUUACCUAAAUGCAAUGCUGGAUCAGCUCUUCAGCAAAAAGAAUAGAUUCUCAUAAAAUCUGCUGACAGUGCUCAGCUUCUGCUUGGGUUAGGAGUCAACUGGGAGUAAAUCUAUCCCUAGUUUACAAUACCCAUUUAAUCAGCUGUUUUGCAGCAGCUCUCCACAUUAUGGUUUCAUGCUUAUACUAAUGCCUUCAGGGAUACAAUGAUUGCAUUGUAAAACAGAUAGUGUCAUGUGGGUUUGGAAUUGCCCAAGAAGGAUGGUAAAUUAUUUUUGUAUGCCACAACUGCCGCUCAAAUUUUGCUAGCCAAGAAGUGGAAAAUGCAAGAACUACCAACUGUGGAAGAAUGGCAGAUGAAGAUGAUGGACUUUAUGGAGCUAGCUGACCUUCCUGGAAGAAUCCACGACCAGAAAGAAGAGGAAUACCAAGAAGACUGGAGGAAAUUUAAGGACUAUUUGAAUAAUUAUUGUAAUAUUAAAAAUUAGAAAUUACUUGAAAGUAUCAAAUAGGCCUAGGAUUAAAUAAGAAUUUAUUUAAAUAAAUGGGAUUUAGAAUACUAAGAAAAGUGAAUAAAUUUGAUUAUAACUGGAACAUUGUUAUUAAUAAUGAUAUUGGAAAGCUGUUACAUUCAGACACAAGGAAACUCAGAGGGGAGGGACUAGAGGACGACAAGUAAUAUGUUUAUAGGGUUGGACUUUAAAAUAAUUAAGUUUGUUUUUGUUGUAUAUUUGUUGUUGUUUUUUAUAGAUGUAUUUUUUAUUUUUGUUUCGGUUUGUUUUUUGGUUGUGCAACGUUUGUUGCAGUAUUUGUUAUAAUUGUAGAAAAUUUAAUAAAAAUUAUUGGAAAAGGAAAAUUCUUAGCGUUUAGCUUAGCACUUAUAUUUCUUUCAAGUUGCUGGUAGUACAUUUAACACCCAUCUCUUUGUGUGGAAACAUUUUUUUAUUUUGCUUUGCAAUAUACUGGUUUCUGUUGAGCUUGGAAUCUGCUCUAUUUCCCUUCCUGUCUCAGAAGAACAUUUUCCUCCCAUAAAUCAGCCUUCUGCAGUACCAGUUGGUUGACCCUAGUGUAGAAAUCUGUAAAUGUGCUUAUUGUAUGAUACUAAACCAUUUUUAGACCUGUAGCCUAAAUGUGUGUCUAUAUUCAAAUGUACGGUGAGCUUAUGGGAGAAAUCAGUAAGGGAAAUACUGUUAUUGGAAAAUGUCACGAGGGCAAAAUAAAUUUCUGUUGAGGGAAUUGGUUGGUCAAUGGAGUAACUUCACCUGCUUUCAUAAGAAUGAUUUAUGUGUUGUGAUGGCCCUUCUCUAUUACUGCAUAAAUACUGAAUAGGUGGAGAGAAUCUUUUAUCUAAACAUUUUGCACCCUAUGCUAAAAACUGGCAUGAGAUGGAAGAUGUGUUACACACAUCAUAGCUUGGUGAAAGUACAGGAAGAAAGCUAAAAGCAGUUACCCAUUUGAAUUUGGAUACAGGCAAGAGAACUGAGAAGUUUUAGUUGGAGUUGCUGAAUCUAGCAUCCUUGGGGUGUAGUUUCUCUCUCUUUGGAGACCUGAUGCAGGUUCAGCGGUUUUCCUUCCUUCCAAUAGGCUGUAUUUUUAUAUUCACAAAUAAGCAAAAUGUUAUGAAGACACCAUAAAUCUCCAGUGUAUUCUCUUCUAAUGAAAACUAAAUCCUGUAACACUGCCCCUGGGGAACACUUGCUAUGGAAUGUGAUGCAGGAUGCUGAAGGCAAUUACAAAACCCAAUGAUACGUUACAGGAAAAUUGACAUGGAGAAUAAUAUCAGUGGUUCCUAGCCAUAGUGGCUAUGUUCUGCCUCCCCUGUCAGAGGGAUUAUGGCUCUAAAUCCCAUUGCUGAGAAUCACAAGUGGUGGAGAGUGGUGCUGCACUCAGAUCCUGCUUUCCUUGGGCAUCUGAUUGGCUAUUAUGAGAAAAGAAUGCUGCACUAGAUGAGUUUUUGGCCUGAUCUAGCAUUGUUCUACUUACAUUUGUGGGGGCACCUUUUGUCUAAUUGAAAUCACUUGGCAUUUUAAUUUUGCAAGUGAUAUCACAGUUGCAGUCAUCAUUUGCACUGUCCUUAAAAAAACGGAAUAUAUAGCCAAGUAUGUACAAAUGUACAAAUACAAAGGGACGCGCAGAGCCUAGGACUUGCUGAUCAGAAGGUCAGCGGUUCGAAUCCCCGCGACGGGGUGAGCUCCCGUCGCUCGGUCCCUGCUCCUGCCAACCUAGCAGUUUGAAAGCAUGUCAAAGUGCAAGUAGAUAAAUAGGUACCGCUCCGGCGGGAAGGUAAACAGCGUUUCCGUGCGCUGUUCUGGUUCGCCAUAAGCAGCUUAGUCAUGCUGGCCACAUGACCCAGAAGCUGUCUGCGGACAAACACCGGCUCCCUCGGCCAAUAAAGCGAGAUAAGCGCCGCAACCCCAGAGUCGGUCACGACUGGACCUAAUGGUCAGGGGACCUUUUACCUUUAUGUACAAAUACAAUUAAAAUGUGGAUCAUUUUGCCGAGGCAAUGGAAAAAUAUGUGUUCUUGAGAAAUUCUUAUUAUGGAGGCCUCCAGUGAAGUUUUAGAAAGGGGAGGGAAGAAAAAGAAUGUAAUACAUUAACAUAUAGAAUAAAAUCAAAUAACAUACCCCUAGGUAAUGAAAUCACUGAUAGUUAUACACAUGUAUCUUUUAAAAUCCCACCCUGCAAUGUAAAAUGUGCUCAGCUUUGAAGAAAUGUAAGCCACAACCCGGCUCAAGACACUUGUAAAGCAAGGUAUGGACACUAGCUUUGGGAGGGGGAAUGGAAGGGGACAUAAUUUAGACUUCACACUGGAACAUACAUCCCAUUCAAAACAACUUGAUGCAGAUGAACUGCAUCCUUACUUGGAUAUCGCUCAUCAUUAAGAAAGUUAUAUACAAUGCUGUUUGUGUAUGUUAAUCCCUUUCCUUGGAUUGUGGUGGUGAUCCAUUCACACUGGAAAGAUGCUUAGAAAACAGGUUGACAAACAACCUAUACAGCAGCGGAGAAGCAAAGCUUGUUUAGGAUUAGGAAUAACAGAAUACGAGAAGUACUGCUAUAGAUUUGUGCCUAUUAACAUCAACUACAUUUUCAAAGGCCAAAGCUAUUUACAUUUUAAAAUUAAAUUGCUCUCUUCUUUUAUUUUGAAAUACAAAGAAAUGCUGCAGUACUGCAGAGGAGGGAAACAAUUAAUUAAGUUAAAUGCGUUAUCCACACUCUGUUGUUGUUUGUUUCAGCAACAUAAACACAGCAUGACCUUCAAGCUUUAGUCCUGUGUUCUACCUACAAUUAAUCAAUGGCUUUCUCUGAAUUCUAUUGUCCUGUUUGCAACAAUAAGAUCUCCUACCUACAUGAACUGGAGAGCUUGUUAAGAGAACAUUCAAUCAUUAUUUUUUAAAAAAGAGUCAGUAGGCAGUCGUGUUGGCAUAAGUGUUGCACUUGUUUUCUUCCAUCAGUCACAGAAGCCAUACACCCUGCAGAUUUUGAAAUCAAAUGACUGCUAUGGCAAAGUCCACAAGGUUCUACAGAGAACAAGAAUUCAGGCAUGCCAACAUGAAGCGCACUGUCCCUUAUUUAUUUCAUGCUUCUGGUGAGAGCUUUGGGCAUGAUCCACUGUAGAAAAGCUGGGCAUUCCACAGAAGAGUUGUGAGUUGGAUCAGCGUUGAUGUGAGUGUCGGUUCAGGUGAUUGGAUGCUGCAGUUUCUGGAAGACACCAGGGCCCACCAUUGCUAUGCUAGGGAAAGCCUAUGUAACGUUGGAAAGGGUCGAUCACUUGUCCUACCUGGGCAGUUAUCUUUCCACAAGGGCCGACACUGAUGCCAAAAUCCAGCAUCGCAUGAGCUCUGUGAAUGCAGCUUUCUCCCAACUGAAGCGCAAAGUGUUUGAGGACUGGGGCAUUAGCAGGGGAACAAAAAUGCUUGUUCACAAAGCUAUUGUACUACCAACUUACUGUAUGCUUGUGAAACAUGGACCACUUAUAAACAGCAUCUCCAACUCCUUGAAAGACUCCAUCAACGGUGUCUCCAAAAAUUUCACAUGUCACUUGGGAAGACAAGCGAACUGGAAGAAGCAAUGAUCACCAGUGUCAGAGCAAUGAUUCUUCAACAUCAGCUUCAUUGGACUGGUCAUGUUGUUUGAAUGCCUGAUUAUCAUCUUCCAAAGCAACUACUCUAUUCCAAACUUAAAAAUGGAAAGCGUAAUGUUGGUGGGCAACAAAAGAGGUUCAAGGCAAGUAUUUAAAAAUGUAGUAUAAACACCGACAACUGGGAACCACUGGCCUGUGAGUGCUCCAAUUGGAGAACAGCCUUUACCAAAGGUGUCACAUACUUUGAAGAUGCUCGAACUCAGGACAAAAGGGAGAAAUGUGUUAGAGGACAAACCCUCACCAUGAUCAACUCCUGCCCAGAAAGCUAUAUCCCCACUGUGCAAGGAUGUGUGGAUCCAGAAUUGGCCUCCACAGCCACGGACUCACUGUUAAGACCAUGUUCAUGGAAGACAAUCUUACUCAGCUACAAGUGAUCACCAAUGAGGAAGCAGCUAUGGGCUGCUGCAUAGAUACAAACCUAGCAUGGCAAUCUAAUCUAAUUAGCUGCAUCAGCAGCUGGGGAAAGUUACCCAGGGCUAUAAAUUUAGAACGUCUUAGCAAGGAAACUUACUCCAUGAGCAAGAGGGGAGUCUCAGCUGACAAAACAUUUUAAGUACAAAAUGUUCAACUUCCUUGAAAACAUUUCUCUCGGAGAAACCUUCUCUAAAUUAACUACCUUCCAGUUCUAGACUAUUUAAAAUUGAAGCUACUUGUACUUUUGCAUGUUUAGAUAUCAAAGUUCGUUUAAAAAUCAAUGUCUAUUUUAUAGCAUGAUCCUAGUGAUCUUAAUAUGGAAGCAGAGAGCCGAAGCAACCAUGUACCCAUUAAAUAUAUAUGAGGCUGCAUUUGAAGUGAACUACAUGGCAGGAAUGGUAUAAUUGGAGGUACCUAAAAAUAAGAAUAAUUAACCAAGCCUUUGAAAACCAAAGGCAUAUACCUAUAGCCAUCAAGCAUAUUGCAUGCUACCGUCUUCUGUAAAUGGUUUAAAUGAAAUCUAAUGGUUUGAUCCAAUGUGCUAUUGAGAGAGUAGAUGUUGCGUGGUGAGUUCCCGCCUUCCCCCUUGGAAAUAAAGACAUGAGACACAAGAAUUCGAGUUAAUGGGUCAAAUUAGGCCACAACUUUAUUGAUUACAGGAAUUGAGCGGUAUUGGCUUAGGCAUUGGUCCUAAUACUAACCGGUUUCAGCCCUCUUGCUUAAAGACCGGUAAGGGUUAACCACCAAUAGGGGGAGUCCUGCUGAGGCACGUCAACUAGGAGCCGCCCCCGGAGUUAUGGCUUGGGGGCGUGCCAAGGGCCCACACCUCCCUAGGCUCAGGACAAGGCCACACCUCCCGGAAUCUUUUACCGGACUACCCUUUGUUUUGGGGGAAGGUGAUGGCACUUCCUUCCCCCCGCAACCCCACCUCCUCCCUAGCUCGGAAGUGGCUUUGUCAUAGACUAGGGAAAGAAUGAAGGCAUGUGAACAAUCUUGGCUUAGCUACAUUUCCAAAGAAUGAAAGGUUUUUCACUUCUACAGAUGCCAUCUAAAAAAUUCACGUAUAUUGCUAGUCAUAUAAGAAGGCCAUAAUAUUAUGUAAAGUAUUAGAUUGCACAAGAAAAUGGAGCAAGGAGAAAAUAUAAUCAGGAGCUCUUCCAAAGUUGUGAUGUUUUAAGCAAGAUACAAGUAUAGACUAUGGAGUCAGCAGGAGUUGUUGCAGUGACUCAUGAGAAGGCAUUUUUUUGAAUCAGAAUUUGAAAGCUGGAUUGGGUUGGAGGAUAUCAGACAAGACCUCCAGGUGAACAGUGGCAGUGAUGGAUAAAUUGUCCCAGAAAGGAUUAGUGAAAGAAGGCUAUGAGCAAGGGUGGAGGGUGGGAGAAUAGAUUAAUUAGCCAUUAAAAUGCCGUAAGACCCCAAGAACCAGAAACCUAUAUGAGGACCUUUUGAUUAUGAUAAUCAUAAUCCCGCCUCCCAGGGGGAAGGAGUAGCAAAUCAAUGUAUAAUCCUGUUAGGAUCAUAAAUAUACUUUACUGAAAAGCAAUGAUGUGCUGAUGAUACAUAAAUUUGAAGUGAAAGCUUCAUUGUAAUGGGUAUUUAAGAAGUUCACGAACUGCUUUAUAAACUUCUGUUUUCAGAAUAGGAAUGGCUUCAUGAUUUUAACUGCACUCUGCAGUACUGCAAACCAACCACAUGGUUUCAGUAAUGAUGAAUAAAUAAUCACGCCUCUUUUCACACAGUUGCACAUAAACAGAGAAGAGUUGCAUACGGGACACUUUUUUCUUCUAAAAAAGUUCAAAUCCCAACCUGUGCAGUCCUUCAUACUUAUGUUGGCAAGCUCCAGAAAAAUAUUACAAUCUUCCCAUUGUUCUUUGUGGUCUGGUUGCUAUGACUCUGCUCUAGAGUGCAUCUGGUAACUAUACCAAGGAGUGAGCUUUUGAAGCUACAUUCUGGUGUCAGUGGAUGACCCUAAAUUAAGUUCUAUAACCCAAACUGUAACCACAGGCCCAAUCUGUCAACAGCUAAACAAAUCACAUUUUUUCUAGAAGGCCCUUGCAUUUUAGUUUUGCCGUUCUGUUUUGGCAUCAGAAUUCGGCUCUUGUGUUAAGGUUUUUAUCUUUAAUCUACCUCCUACUUUAUUAUCCUUGUUUCAGCUUUACUCAAUCUGCAUGAAGUGGGUACUUGAAUGCUUACAGAUGUAGUUUUUAUUUUAGCUGGAGGAUUACAGAGCUUUUGUGUGGCUUUGCAUUUUCAGGGUUGAGAGGCUAGGCAACUGAUGUGGUAAGAGCAGCUGAACUGACAACCUUUCAUUGCUGGGUUUUUCUUUUGUUUUUAAAAACAAAGCUCAGAAGUCCAUCACCAAAUUGCCCCUAAGUACUGAAAAACACUGAAUGCUGCAUAACAACCACACACAUUUGUUUUAGCUAUUGCAGAAAAACAAAAACAAAAAAAAAUAUUCAUUGUUUGGCAAUAAUUGGCCAUUGUUAGCUGUCCAAAAGAAGAGAAGAAGAAGAGUUUGGAUUUGAUAUCCCGCCUUUCACUCCCUUUAAGGAGUCUCAAAGCGGCUAACAUUCUCCUUUCCCUUCCUCCCCCACAACAAACACUCUGUGAGGUGAGUGGGGCUGAGAGACUUCAAAGAAGUAUGACUGGCCCAAAGUCACCCAGCAGCUGCAUGUGGAGGAGCGGAGACGUGAACCCGGUUCCCCAGAUUACAAGACUACCGCCCUUAACCACUACACCACACUGGAGGCUGCUAGGAAAGCCAAAAAGGCAUCCUUGAAGGAAGUCCCAACUGAAAGAUAGCAAAUGCUAACCAUUUGUACUAUAAUGAAACCUAAUAUUCUUCUGUGUUCUCACAAGAAGCUCAUAUUUCUGACAUCAUAUUCCAUACUUUUUUUUUUAAAGGAAAGUCAGUUUUUCAAAAGGUCUAGUUGGGGUUUGAAAUGAUGUAUCUAUUGCCAAAGAAGUCCAUAAGAGAAAAAAGACCAAAACAAACCUGUGUCCAUAGUCUAAACAUGUGUGGAGUACUUUGCAGGGUUGUUCAGUCAGUUUAAACAUUUGUUUCUUUGACUAAUGCUUGAACUAAAAUUCCCCUUUGAGAACUUUAAUAAGGAGGACUCCUUGGCUUUAUUUAUUUCUUCUUCUUUUAAAUGGUAAGUGCAAGCAGCCCAGCCAUAAGCUACACUUUGUACAGGUUGCAUAACACUGAUUUGUAAGCUCACACAUAGUGCAUUAUGAAUUCAUUAAUGGCAGGUUGCAAAUUGACAAAUCAAGUAACACCACCUCGUUCAAGCUUUUAACAGCUGAAUUCACAACCACAACGAGAAACUUGGGUCCGUGCAUUGUGAAUGGAUGAGAUUCAAAUUCCAUAUUCAUGUGUUCCACUUUCAACAAUAAUGGAGAAAACAGUGGUUCAUGUGGAAGGAGCAACAAAAUUGUAAGCCGCAAGCUAACCUCUUUGCUUGUUCAUUAGGGAACCAGCUACAGCCAUUUUCCUGGCAUCCAAGCUAUAUAAUUCAGUUUCUUUUUCUUAGUUACAUUUUUUUUUUGGCAUGCUUGUCCACUUCUCUCCUCAAAGAACUACAAUUCUUUUUUUCAUCAAUUCCAUGGAGGCCCAAGACUCUACCAACUAGGUCAUGCUUAGAUCAUUGGUAUUUCUUAUUUUUUUCCUGAUAGUUUUGCACCACCCAAAAUGAUUAUCUUUUUUCUUUUCUUCAAAACAUCCAAAACCUCUUAGAUUUUGUUACCUUUUCCCCCUUCAUUUUUUUUUUGUUAUAAAUAAUGAAACAUCUUGAAUGAACUGAUAAUAUGUACCAUAAAAGAAGGACUACAAAAUGACGACAGGUUCAUUGGAAUAAGCUACAUUUUCUCACUGUUAAUGCUGGUUUUGUGACCUGUCGGCCUCAGCUGGAUGUGGAGAGGUUCUGUGCUGCAAAAGAUGGGAUCUUGCUCUAGGAAGGGGCAGCCAGCUCACUUUUCAAACUGUGACCCCUUCCUCCCAUUAGCCUUGGAACAAAAUCAUACAGUGGUUUGAAUUGUGGUGCUUCUGGUGUCCUUGUCUUUUCCUUCCUCAUCGGUGACCUUUGUUUAUGGCAAACAACUCAGAUAAGCAUAUCACCUCUAGUACAAUUUAGCACAAUUUGUUUGUGGCAAGAUUAUUGUGUGCAUUCAGCCUCUUUUAGAAAGCUAGGUCAUUUCUCUAAUAUUAUAUUUCUCUUAUAUUGCAAACUUAGGGCUCCCACUCAGAAUUUUCAGGGAUCCAAAGAGCACACACCUAAAAACUUUCAUGCUUCUUGCUAAUUUUCUCUUCCCUCUCUAGCUGUUCGCAACAGGUUCCACAUCGUGCUUUUCUGUUUUGUGUGUUGGGGAGGGGGGUAAGGACUCUCACUGGUGGCAGCCAGCAUGGCAAAUGGUCAGGAAUGAUGGGAGUUUUAGGUCAGCCACAUUUGGAGGGACGUUUCCCUAUACCUGCUGUAAAAGAUUCUGGGAUGUUCCAAAAUUUGAGAUUAAUAAAGAUAAUAUGGUUACACAAUGGUAGCGAUUUUUAUAUUGCUAAUGGAAGAAUGGAAAUGUCAUUUCAAUAUGCUAUACAGACAGCUCUGUGUCCUCUUCUCUUACUUCUUCUGUUUUACCUUGAGAAUGAGCUCCAGAACAGGGAGCCAAAAUUGAAGCCACUUGAAAGAGAUGAAACUAUGGAUCUGAUGGGCUUAUGCAGGUUUUCCCCCUGAAGAAGAAGCUUAUUCUGUUGCUGUUUCCUUUUUUAGAGAAAACUCGUUGAAUUUCUGCAUGCCAUUCAGCAGCUGAAGGAAUAGAAACCCUUCCUUCAUUUGUGUUGUAUUACCUUUACAGGAAACAUUUACUGCCUUCAUUUUAAAGGGACUUUGCCUCAGUAGAUGAUUUUAUAAUCUCCCCCACCUCAACCUUUAGAACAAAUUCUUCUCUCAUGGUUUCAUAAUUCAUCAUUUCCUUAGAGGGGAUUUUAUGUCAGAAGAAAUUUUCUAAUUUCCUUUUUCAUGGAUUCUUUUUUAUGUUCAGAAGAGUUGUUCCUUCUUAGAGGGUUGCCUCUCAAGAGAGUUUCUUUUUAAAAGAAAUUACAUGUGUCCAGAUAAUUUUGGUGAUUUUGGUGGUUGCCAUUCUUCAAGAAUUUUAUAAAAGGGAUGCCUUCAAAGAAACUCUGGCCUAUGUUUGGUUGGACUCAUUCCAAGCUUUUCCACCAAACAUUCCAAGUUUCCCAGCAAUAUAGUUUCUCAAGUCCUAUCUUAAGUCUGCCUCAUCUAGGCUUUCUCUGCUGCUUCUGAAGUUGUGGUGGUGCUCACCUCAAAACUCCAGUAAGGAGCUGAGUCAGCAUCUUUGGGCUACUCUAGCAGCCAUGCCUCACCUUCCCUAGCACAGCUGUGUCAGAUCUAGCAAAAGUGUGGGAGUUAAAGCUGUUUCCAGCUUCCUCUCCAUAUUUAUAACAAGGCUUGAAUAUAACAAGGCUUGAUCUUCAAGAGAAGCAAUGGGAGUUGAAGAUGCUUUACUUUUUACUUACACAUUGCUCAAGAAAGCAGUUGCCACAAUUUUGUUGUGCAUGCACACACGUGUGUGUGUGAAAAGACACAGAGAGAGAGACAUGUUGUUAAGUGCAUGAUCACCAGUCAGUUUUUAGGUGCCUCGUCCCAAGGAUGGAGACAGAACCCGCUGGAGAAAAUGGAACACUGAAUGGAAAAAGAGAACAUUGCUUCGUUCCCUCCAUCUCUCAUUCCAUAUGAAAUGACAGGUGGACUGAGUGGGAGCAAUGUGAAAAUUAAUGUGGAGAGGAUUGGUGACUCAGCAAUGACUGUAAAGUCAAGCAAUCUCCUCAGACGUUUUGGCACACAGCUACUCUUCAGCUUGUCCAUAGAUUACAAUAGGCCAUUUUGUGGGUGGGACCAGGUAGGAGAGGGGUCAGGAGGAAGUAGUUGUUGCUCACCAUCACAGAGGAGGAUUCUUAAGCAGUUAAUCUGCGGUUUUGUUCGGAGGCCAACAGAGGAGAGAAGGAAAGCUAUGUUUCUGUUUCAAGCACUCCAUUUGAAGAGUACAGUACUUUCAUAAUAAAUCAGAUUCCUAUUUUAACAGUUACAGCCCAGUUCUACAACCAACUCUCACAUGCUUCAGCUAUGGGAGCUUGUUUUGAGUAGAACAGAGUAGUAAGAGUCAGCGUGGUGUUGUGGUUCGAGUCCUGCUCUAGAGCCAGGGAGACCAGGGUUCAUAUCCCUACUUGGCCGUGAAGCUUGCUGGGUGACCUUGGACCAGCCCCUACCUCACAGGGUGGUUGUGAAGAUAAAAAUAGAGAUGGGAGAACCUUGCACACAACCCUCGGCUCCUUGGAUGAACAGUGGGAUGUGAAUGAAAAAUAAUAAUAAUGCAGGUAAUAAACAGCUUUUUUGAAACAGCUGCCACUGAGAAUUAUAGAUCUUUGAUCAUUCAUGGGAAAAUAAAAGAAUGAACAGUGUCUGGACUUGCAGGAUUAACUGCCAAAUCCUAUGUAUAUUUACCCUGCGUUCAGCUGAAUUAAAUGGAACUUACACCCCAUAUAGGAUGCCUGGGAACCUGUGGUACGAAUGUGCUAAAUCCUUUGUGGACGUUUCAUUUAGGAGGUAGUAUAAAAUUCCAUGGUGCCCUUUAGACACAUACCUUGUGAUUUAUUAGUGUAGUAUUGCACAAUCAGAUUUGGGCCAGAAGCUCUUCUAUUGGUUCUGAGUGAGUGCUUCAAAAUGGCUAGUUGAGUUUAUUAUUGUAACAAGUAUAUGUAAAGGUGUAAAGCAAGGCAUAUGAUAUCACACAGCCCCAAAGGAAAGAACUGAAAACUGAAGUACAUACAAACAACAAAAUGCUGAUUCUGUUGCUGGUGGGGAGCGGAGGGGGAAUGGGUCAUUAUAUAUCCACCCACACUACAUUUUUCCAAUGAAGGUAGCAUGGAUUAGUAUGGUGUUCAUGUCUCCAGCUGCAGUUACUAACUCUGGUUGCUGGCAGGUAUCCGACAGCUUUUUCUGUCCAUCUGCAUAUGUAACUCCUGCAGCCCAAGCAAGAGCGGAAGGCUUAUAUUGCUGUUUUAUUUCCUGACUGGUUUCAUUUGCGCACUUGAAGGUCUUUCGAAGCCAGCUGUGAUGGAACCACCAAAUGGAGCUGAUGAGCAGCAGGAACUGCAGAGCAAGGCAGAACAAUCUCAGAAAGGUUCUGCGAGGAGGACUCCAGAGCAUAGCUGGGUGGCUUGGUGGACCGGAGGAAUUGCGUAUCUGUUCGCCCUGUCACAGAUAUUGGUAAGGAUUUGGACUUAACUCAGAUGGAGAUCGCUUUUUGAAAAAAAGAGAAAAGGACAACAUUGCUUUUGUUUUUUUUAGAUUCAUACAUUUUAGGGGCCAGAUUUCCCACAUCAUAUAUGCUGAUAUAGCUGAAAUUAUGUCAAAAGCUGUGCCAUGUUACAACCAGGUAAUAAUCUGUUUGUCUUUUUAUUCCAGUUAAUGUAUGCAGCCUGCAAAAAUGCCUGGCUGAUACAAAAACAUUUUUUUGUAUUUUAUCUAUAUUUGCACUUUAAACAAAUGAAAACCAAUUGGUUAUGCAGGCUUGAGAUUAAAAUGAAAAUUUCACUUUCCUGAUGAUGAAAGCUCAUGAUGAAUUAUUUGAUUGACUGCACAGGUUAUCUCCCUUAUGUUUUGGUAUGGUGGCUGUGAAACAAUCCCAGAGUUUCUGGAGGUUUUUGAGAUAUUGUCUGAUCUCCUUACUUCACCUGGACAAUUGUUUACAGAUUCUGAAAAGGUAUGUUCAGUGAUAUCUCUAUCCUUUUAAUGCAGGACAUAGUGGCUCCCAAACUGUGGAAUGAUCUUUCAUCAGAUGUCAAAGAGAUAAAUGAUUAUACGACCUUCCGUAGACAUCUGAAGGCAUCCCUGUAUCAGGAAUCUUUUAAUGUGUGAUGUUCUGUUGUGUUUUUGUAUAUGUAUUCUGUUGGAAGCCACCCAUAAUGGCCAGGGCAACUAUUAUUAUUAUUAUUAAUUCACUCUAGACUUGCCCAUUAUUGUCCUCCCUUUCCCAUCUUUCUCUCUGCCAUCUCUUGCUUUAGCUUUCCCUUGGGAGGUUGGGGGAGGAGCGUUGCCAUCUGACAUGUUUCCUCUGACCUAAGUCUCAUUCCCACAAGUGAGGGCGAACUGCCCCUUUGAGGAAGUUGGAUUGACCGUAGAGGGCACCAAGAUUCAAUUCCCUUCCUUCUUCAGGGCAUCCCCCACUUUCAGCGUAACACAGACCUCCAUGGAUGAUGGGGGGGGGGGGAAUGAAGGGGAGGAGAAUUAAGCUUUCCCACUUCCUUGGCUCAGUGCCACUGUUGAACUCAGGAAACUAACGUGUCUUGCUGUAUUCACCACCUGAGUCCAAAAAAACACCCCUCACAAUGCCUUCAGGGGAAAAGCGAAAACUCUUAUAUAUAACAUUUCAGCCCCCAAAGCCAUUGUGAGGGAUGGGUGACAGCCACUGCAGUCCCUCUUAAGCCAGGAAACAGCUCCAUGGAGCCAGCUCUGGGGAAAGCCUGCAGCCAGUAUGGACAGGUGCUUCCCAGCUAGGUGCUGAGGUGGCAACAGCUCAAUGUGCAGCUGCGGAGCUAGCUCACAGCAGCUGAGUUGGUGAAUAGAUUUCACAGCCCCUCUGUUUGAACUGGGUACUUCCUGGCUUAAGUUUCAUCUGUAAGCUGCCCUUGGGAGGUAGGGUUUUUUAAUGCAUUUAUAAGCCUGCAGUGUAGAGACCAGGCACACCUCUAUGGGGACAGUGUUUCACAGUCUAGAGUCCACCACAAAAAGGCUUGUCUUCACAUGUGAGCAGACAUAAAGGCUUCUGAUGCAUAUAUCAAUGCCUGGCAGCCUUGUAUGGCUGAAAGUGGACUUCCAAAUAACUUGGUUCCAAAGCACUUAGAACUGAUCUGAGAAAUGCAGUGAUAACCAGCUCAGCAGGCACAGAACUGGUGUUGCAUUCUCUUAUCACCUCAGUUGGAGUUUCCAGACCAUCUUCAAGGGCAGCCUCUCAUAGAGUGCAUCACAGUAGCCUAACCUGAAUAUGACUAAAGCAUUGAUUUACUUAGUCCAGUCUUGUAGUUGAUGUACCAGCUUGAGCUGGUAAAAUGCACUCCUAGCUACAGACACUACCAGUGUUGACACAAACAGCAUGGUGUCUAGGAGGACAUCUGAGCUACAGCACUGGUCCUAUCUAGCACUGGUCAUACCAGUCCACCCAGAUCAGCCAGCCAUCCCACCCAUAGCACUAUCUGCAUUAGACUUCAGCUUAAUUCUAAAGUCAUCCCCAGACACCUGUUCAGGAGUUCUACAGCCUCCCUGAGAUUUGCAAAUGAGAAAUAAAGCUGUGUGUCAUCACCCACAUAUUGUUGACACCAAAGCCCAACCUUGGAAUUGCUUCCACAGACAAAGCAGUGCCUUUUAAGUGCAUGUUUUCUUAAUGUGGGACCUUGCAGAUAUGGGAUCAGAUCUCCUGUCUCCUUAAAAUAAUUUAAGAACAGAAAUGGGGACCCUCAGAUGGGGAACUCUCACAGUAAGAGAGGGGGCAAUCCUUUCUUCCCGGAUCCCUUUCCUGUUGUAAAUUGCCCCCUUAAUACUGUCAGUGGGACAAAUGGUUUCAGAGGAAACCCCACAUUUCCUUUUCAGAACAGUCCCAUUCCAGUCUGCUCCUCCAAGCUGUUUUAUUUUUCUUUAAAGGCAGAUGGUCUGAUCAGUGACCUUCAGUGUCUUCCCUAGUUUUGUGCUUGAGUUAUGAUGUCAUGUGCUAGGAAGUAGUUUCAAGUCUGAUUGAUCCUCACACUCCACCACAAAAGAAGCACAAAGCAGAAGGAAACAAUUCAGAGGCAUUUGGAUCAGUGGAUCAAUCACUCCAGUUCUAGGGAUCAAUUUUAUGUAAGAGAUAGUAGAGUCGCCAUUUCUGUCCUGUUUGAUGAUAGCAAUUGGAAAAUUUGGAAUAGGGGUGGGUUGUAUUUGAGUUAAAACAUUUGAUUUGAAUUUGAGAUGUUUGCAUAUAAUGAAGGCUCUUGAUUUCUGGCCAUGGAUUUUUAAAAGGGAUUAACUGGGUAGAUAAUUGAACAGCAGCACUAGGAACAUUUGGACCUUUAAAUACCCCUAAUUAACCUAUAUGGGUUUGUGUUGUUUUGUAGGAUCCGAAAAGAGAUGGGGGUAUCAUAGUGCCUUGCUUCCUGCUGUUUUUGGUUUCCUUUGGCUUGCUACUCCUAGGAAUAUUGGUAAGCUAACGUCUUGAAUUUAUUCAAUUCCGAUUAAAGAAUUUGCCAAACAAAUUGAUACCUUCCAAGUUCCCUCAGAGUGUCAUGCUGAUGCAUUUCAUGAGAAACAGUUUCUAAUGCCCCAAUAAUCGUUAGCAAUUCACAUGUACAUGGUUUGAGCAUGUAAACAUUGUUACAUAUAUAUUGUUGUUAGGCUCAUUCUGGGACAUGGGACAAUUGCAGGAUUUUCUCUGGUAACUUGGCAGGAAGUGUAUUUAAAAACCGCUCACUAAGGAUGGUAAUUAAUGUUAAUACCUCUGUGAAUAAGAAUACUGAUGUGGGUAGUGAGAUUAGCUUUGCUGUUCAAUUGCAUUAGCUUUUUGCUCAGGCUUUUCUUUGCAAGAUGUAUUGUGAGAUCAAAUAAAAAGCUUUCAGAGAGUGGUGUAAUAGUGCACAUUAAAGUGCAAAAGACAGACUUCUAAAUUGACACUGAACUGUAUAAAAUCACCAGAACUUGUACAAUGAGCCACUCCAAGCCUGAAACAAGCCAAAUCAGAAUAAGCACAGUGUGAUGUUUUUGUUAUGAUUGGUCCUACUGAAUUUUCUGCAGUUUCCCCAAACUGUUUCUUGCCGUCAGAAUCAAUUAAGCACAGCAACAAAGAAACAAAGUAGUAGAGAUUAUUAUAGGUGUACAACAAUGUUAAUACGUUGCUGUAAAUUAAUUUAUGUUACAUCAAUUCCCUUGGUUAGCUUAGUUGGCAAAAGCCACAGAGUGGGGAUUACUGAAGUGAUCCCAUGGUGGGACAUAUCUGAGAUCACCAUCAAUGGAUGAAUAAGAAUCCAGGUUUAACAUACUGGGGAAUCUGUAGAAUAGUUCAUAAUUUGAAACAAACAACAUUUUAAUCAAGAAAGAAGGGGGGGAGUAGGGCAACAAGGACCUAUGUUUAAUUUAUGGGAUGUUGAGAGCAGCUGUGUGUGAGAGAGAGGGAAUUUGCCUUCUUAAGUGUCAAAAAUUAUAGUACACUCAAACCUUGGUUCCUGAACGGCUCCUUUUUGGAACAUUUCAGCUCCCGAAUGCUGAAAACCCAGAAGUAAAUGCUCUAGUUUUCAAACGUCCUUUGGAAGUCUAACAUCCAACGCGGCUUCCGCUUGAGUGCGAGAAGCUCUUGCAGCCAACUGGAAGCCGCGCCUUGGUUGUCGAACAUUUCGUAAGCUGAAUGGGCUUCCAGAACGGAUUACGUUCAACAACCGAGGUUUGACUAUAUCCUGGAAAGGGAUAGGGACAGUCAAAUAAAUGUUACAUGUUUAUUAUAGCAAAAUGCUGGUUAAAUACCAUUGUCAUACAGAUCCACAAGACUUAAGUACUUCUCAGACUUCUUGUUGACAAUAAACCUGAGUACUGAUGUGACGAUACAACAGUAUUAUUUUUGCGUUGGUUAUCACAUCAUUUAGCAUAAACCUACAAAGUACAUAUUUCCCCUUUUCACAGAGUUAGGAUAUAUUUACACUGCAGACUUAAGCCAGUUUAACAGUAAUAUAUUUAUCCUAGAGAACUCUUGGGUUUAUAAUUGCUGAGAAUGGAAAGAUCACAAAGUUUACCUCACCAAACUACACUUCCCAUGGUUAUUUGGGAAUGCCACUGCUAGAAAACUGAUACACAUUUGUAGAAUAGAUCACACCUUUGGGUACUGCCAGAGUAACACUCCUAUCACAUUUUAUUUCUCUUCACUUUUCUGUUGUGGCUCAACAAUAUCAAUUACAGUUUUUGACACAUUGUGUGAAACAGCCCAGUUUUAACCUCUGCUAAAAGAAAUCAGGUCAAAAUUAACAAGGUGUCUUGGUAAAUGGACGCAGAAGUACACUGGCACAAAUUCACACAAAUAAUGAAAAAGAAUAAAAGCUCUAAAAAUGAAGGCAGAAAAUGAGAGAGAGUGACCAGGAAAAGGGACAGUUGAAACUUCUCUGAGAUGAAGUAUUUGAAAAAAAUAUACAUAUAUGUUAUGAAAAAUUAAUUUUACAUAAAUAGAAGGGAGUAGAAUGCCAAUGGUGGCAGAACAUGGAAUGAUGUAUGAACUGAAAAGCGCUUGUGCCAUUCUCUUUAGCAGAUCACAUAAGAAAAAAUCCCUGUUGGUUUGGAUGAGGGGGUCAGCAAACGUUUUCAGCAGGGGGGCCGGUCCACUGUCCUUCAGACCUUGUGGGGGGCCAGACUAUAUUUUGAAGGGGACAAAAUGAAUGAAUUCCUAUGCCCCACAAAUAACCCAGAGAUGCAUUUUAAAUAAAAGGACACAUUCUACUCAUGUAAAAACACGCUGAUUCCUGCACCGUUUGCGGGCCAGAUUUAGAAGGCAGUUGGGCCAGAUCCGGCCCCCGGGCCUUAGGUUGGCCUACCCAUGGUUUGGAUACUUCCUUAGAGGACAGGGAGAGGCUGAAGUCCUGGCACUUUGCCAGAGAUUAUAGGCAACACACUGUUUUAAACAGUGGAGCCCUUUGAGCAAGCUGUUAAAUUGUGGAUAUUCUGCAUUGAAUAAAAGCAGACUUGAACUUAUCCUCACAGGUUAUUAAAUUAAGUUGGUUUGUGUAUUUAACAACUUAAUAUCUGAAUUAGAUUUAAUGCAGUUUUCUGGAAACACUAUGUUUGCACAGUCAUAGAGACCAAGCAGACUGACACUGCCAACGCCCUGCCCUCCACCACAUCCUAUCUCUAGGUGAGGCCCCUAUAAAUGGAGGCUUCCCUUAACCUUCCUUGACAGCCCCCAAAGGGGUAGAUUGGAUUUGCAUGCUUAAGCUGCUUAUUUCAUUGCCGACCUGCUCUAGUAGCUCGGAAAUUUCUUUUCAACCUGAACCUGCCUCACUGAUCCUUGUUCUGUUCUCUGUGGACAGUUGUUGUCCUUCUCUUCUCUGAGAGAUGCUGAAAUAUUUGAAAACUGCCAGUGUGUGUGUGUGUGUGUCCAUGUCCAUUUCAAACUUAGUGACUUAAUUUGAGAAUGGGGUAGCCAGUUCUGGUUAUAAUAUAUCUACUAAAUAAAGUAUAAUGCUAUGAAUUGGGUAGAACCCUUCCUUACAUGUCAGAUUUUCUGAAUUUUCAAGAAAGGUGAUUUUCCAAACAUUUGUUGUCGUUCAAUACUCUUUUUAGUUCUGGACUUGUAUCACACUCGGCUUUUCUGUAUACGUGGUUCCCUGCUCCAAAUUUAGCUUCACAUCGAGAUAAUGAUGUUCAUCUAUGAGCUUUAUUCCGGCUCCUGAGCUGUAUUGACUGGUUCUUCUCUUUUUAAGAUUAUUUGAAUGAACAAGGAACAAUGAACUUAUAAAAUAACUCUCUCCGUAUUUGCAGGAGACCUAGUGUCUUUUUAAAAUGAACUGAGUUCCUGGUGUAGGGUGUCUCUGACCAAAGACAGCAAUACUUCAUUGGAGAGUUGAAAGUGAUUUGAUUGUAGCAUUGCUUUGCAAGAUGUGUGAGCACAGCUUUUUUCUCUUUCGCUCACCUGUGGUGAAACAGUGCAAAUGUCCGCCACACCACUGGGCGGAGGGAGAUCUCCCCCUUCCCAGCAGCAAAGUUGGGUGGCAGAGUGCCACCCCAUUUCUCUGGCUUGCCAGGAGGGGAGGUGCUCUGCAAAGCUUUGCCGCUAGACCUGCUCUGCUCCUGGAAGCUGGGGAGACUAGCAGCAAAGCUGGGUGGUGAAACAGGAUGCCACCCCUUGGGGAUGCCACUUGAAUCAGCCACCACAUGGGCAAGCCAGCUCCGAGUAUGCAGACUGUGAGCAGGCAGUGAUUGCUCUUUCAAACAGCCUUCCCCUUUCUGGGACGGGGGUGGGUGGGAAUUAUCCUAUUUCUCCAUGAUUCUAGAGUAGUCACAGCCUGUGACCUAGGCUUACAUGUGAUUUUUGUGCACUCAUUCACUGUUGAUCACUACACAAAGGAGCAAGUGAUUUCACAUUUGGCAUUGACACAGACUUUCCAUGCAUGGAAUGGCUCUGCUGUAGUCAGUGGCAAUGCCUAGCAGGUUCCAUAAAGCCCUCUGCCUCACUGCAAACAUAGAAUGGACAGUCCUCUUGUGACACUUGCAAGAAAGAGUUGAUUGUGUAGCAUUUUCCAGCUUGCUUUAGUGCAGUUUUAUUAUGCAGAGGUAUAAUGGACCCAUUGAUAACUAAAAAGGCAAGUCCUUUUUCAAACAUGCAGAAAGGUCCAGAUACUGUAUAUUUCCCCAUAGAUUUGGUAUCUGCUGAAGACACCUCCAGAUCCCCCAUUUCCCCUCCAAGAGGACAGGCGACAGUCUGUAAGCCGCCAGCCUUCAUUCACCUAUUCCGAGUGGACAGAGGACAAAACUGAAGAUGAAUUCCUCGAUCUGGACCCCGUGCCAGAGACACCAGUAUUUGACUGUGUGAUGGAUAUGAAAGUAGAGACAGAUCCAGCAACCCUAACGGUUAAAUCUGUGGGACUGCAAGAAAGGUAAAGAAAUGCAAAGAGCUUGGGUCCAGGAAGGUGGAAGUGUAGGCAUUCUGAGUGGAUUAGCCCAAUAAGAAUCUGAUUAGUGGGCAGAGUUUAUUUUCAUUCAGAGCAAGAGAACUGGACUCCAUAGUUGCGUCAUAUGUGCUCUUAUAGGCAUUUGUGGCUCCCCUAGGGCAGGAGUAGCCAGCAUCUGCCCUCCAGAUGUUUUCGGUGCCCUCCCUGUUAGGAAAAAGGUUAUAUGAGAGAAUCUUUUGAAAAUGUUGAAUUUUAGGGGGGAAAUGUAGCUCUUGAAUGACAGUGAUCAGUUAGUCAUACAUUGAGUUUAUUCACCAUUGUGGCUAAGGACCUAACCAGAUAUAUCAGUCUUUAGGAUUUGCUUUGAUUAUUAGUCCCAAAUGUUUGAAGAAUGGAGAUGAUCUGGGCAAUGUUUAACUCUUCCUCACCAACAUUAAUCCCCACCCUCUGCCUUCUGGCAAGCUACUAUUAGCUCCGUGGGUGUGGGGAAAGACCAGUGCAGAUGUUGUUUCUGUCUCCUCCUCCUCACCACCACCACCCCUGGAAGUAGAUGGGUUUAUAUCUGAGAAAGGACAUGGAUAGUAAGGGUUUGACCCCUUUCUCCAAGUGCCAAGUCUCUGUCUUCAAAGCAGAAGUCAUAGUGCUAUUCUAUAAGAAAGCAAAAACCGAAAGGAAAUCCUAAGUGUGGAUCUGGUUAGGCCCUUGGACAAAAUGUUGAUGUAAAUUAUGUUGGUGAUUACAUUGAUGACUGAUAUAGCUAAUCAAGGGAACAUCAUCAAUAUUGUUAUGAUAAGGCUGACACCAGUAAAUCAAGUUAUUUUUAAGCUAAUAAUUUUUGUUUGUAUUCUUAUUAUUUUCUAUUCUGUAUUUUUUAAAUAUAUUUUUUGAAUUGCUGGUGCAAUUCCCUGAACUAUAUAUUAUUUUAGCAUUCCCCAUCUUGGAGAAUAUUAUAAUGCAUGGUUUACACUCAUGGUUUCAGGUACCUUUAGAUUGAUUGGGCUUGGGGACACAUUUGUGUGUGUUGCCCAAAGUAAACAAGAAAAGUAGGCAGUCUGUGCUGACUUAUUUCACAAUCAUCAACAAAUGUGUGUUAUGUCUUGCGCAGGAGGGGUUCAAAUGUUUCACUCACAUUGGACAUGUGCACUCCAGGCUGUUCUGAGCAAGGGUUUGGCUAUAUUAUGUCCCCAAAGGAAGAGUCAGCUCGAGAAUACCUCCAGACGGCAUCAAACGUUCUCACUGAGGAGGAGCUACACCAGAAAGCAUUAGAUUCUUUUGUAGUCCAGACAGAGUUUUUUGUGAGUAUCUUGAUAAUCUGGGUUUGUAAGAAUCAAGCCAAUGGCUCAUCUCAUCCAGCAUCCUGUUCUCACAGACAGCUGGGAGAAGCCCACAAUCAGGAUUCAAUCACAAGAGCACUCUCCCUUCCAGCAACUGGUAUUCAGAAGCAUUGCUGCCUCCAACCAUGGAGGUAGCUCAUAGCCAUCAUGGCUAGUUGGCCACUGAUGGCCCUCUCCUCCAUGAAUUUGUCUAAUUCUCUUUUAAAGCCAUCCAAGUGGGGGACCAUCGCUACCUCCUGUGGGAUCAGGUUCCAUAGUUUAACCAUGUGCUGCAUGAAUGCCCACCAACGUUCAGCUUCAUUGAUAUCCCCAAGGUCUAGUCUUAUGAGAGAGGGAGAAAAGGUUUUCUCUGCCCACUUUCUCCAGGCUUGUGGUUUGUUUCACUCCAAACAAGCAACAAGCUAUAUUCAAGGUAUGUUCUUGGCUUACCAUUUGUGGUUUGUUUGGGGGUGGCUUGCCCAUUCAUGCUUAGCCGUCGAUUGACUUAGCCUUAUAUGUGAACCAGGACAAUGUCAGUAAUGGGUUCUGCACAAAUGGACAAGAAUUACAGUCCAGCAAGUGCAAAGUACUGACCUAUAAUAAAAUAAAUUACAUGAGAAGUCACGCUACCUCCCCAGGAAGAGCCUUUUCUGUGCUUCAGCUCAUCUACUGCUUCCAUAUCUAAGGGAAUGCUAUGGCUUCAAUCCUGUACAUAGUUGAGCUGUUUAUAACCCAUUGGCUUCAGUGUAUUUAAGCACCUUCACCCUCUGCAAGAUUGGUGCAUAAGCCUUUGGUCACAAUAGAGCCCAUAACAUUCUCCUAAGUGUUAAAAGUAGCUCUUAACUGUGUGUUCCUUAGUGAGUAUUUUCAGAAGCAUUUUAAUAUUAUUAUUUUUUUAAAGAGACUCUCUCCCAGGAAUCUAGGAAUCAGAUUUUGGAGUGUAAAAAAUAACUAGAAAUGUCACAUCACAUCUUUGAGCUAAUUUCAUUGCUGCCACUACUUCACAUUCAAAGGAAAGCAACAGGAUUCUGCUUCUUCCUGUCCCUUCAGAAUCUGUUAAUGGCUCAUAUUGUGUAUCUUUCAACAGGAAAUUCCGAUGAACUUUGUUGAUCCAAAGGAGUAUGAUAUUCCAGGUUUGGUCCGAAAGAAUCGCUACAAAACAAUUCUCCCAAGUAAGCACCAUAGCCACGUUACAGCUGUUUGUCAAGCUGAAGUUUCUUGUACUGUGUGAUAUUGAAGUGUGUGAAAUUGCACAUGAUUGUGAGCUUUUAAAAAACACUUGAAAGAUGAUGGAAUAAGCUUUGCUAUCCUUGUGCUUGAUAUUUUUUAUGCUGCUUUCAUUCAUGGAUUCUCUUGAUGUGCAGCAGGGGGUAAGUUAGACCUCUGACAAAAGCCAGCUGUAUCUCUGAAGUGGCCACAUCAACCAGUAAAUGUAGUUUCUGAUUGGCCAGGCAGAACCACUGAGUAACAAGGAUCUUCCACAAAGUACUUUCUUAUACCAUUAGUCUAUUUACUUGGGAAGCUGCCUUAUACCACCUAAGGCCUAUGGGUCCAGCCAGCUCAGUAUUUUCCACACUGACUGACAGGGGCUCCACAGGGUUUCAAACAGGAGUCUUUUCCUAGGGACACCAGGGAUUGAACCAGUGGCAUUCUGCAUGCAAAGCAUUUGCGCUGCCACUGAGCUUUAGUCUAACCUUGCGUUGCCUCCUCUUGCUAGUAGCUGCUUUUCAAGGUCUUACACAAAGGUUUCUGCUGCCAGAAACCCUUUAACUAGAGACAAUUGAAUUGAACUGUGUGUGUCUUCUACAUGCAAACAACUGGGCUGUAUGCUGUUUGCUUUUACCCCUUUUUCAUACAACAGAGUCGGCCCUAUAGCCUAUUUAGUUAUUUGCAACUUCUAAAGACCUUUUGAAUAAUACAGAAACUGAAAGCCGAAAGCCUCGCUGAUGUUUGGUAUGACCCCCCCCCCAUAACUGACACAAUAUAAUCAGUUCAUUUUUAUUAUUUCGUGGUUUUGUUUUUCUCGUUUCUCCCUCAGUAUAUACAGAUGAUUGAGGGAUCGUGAGGAGGAUGCCUGAUUUUCAUUUUGUUUAGUUAGGCACAUGCAAGGAUAGGUCUGAGUGGUUUGUAAUGAUUUCAUUGGAACUUGGGCAGCACUGCAGCAAAUCCUUGUGCCAGCGUACUGGUAAGAUUGCUGGUAAUGGAGAGGUCUUGGCAAGCUUUCGGAUUUCUUUGGGAGAGAAGGAGAUUUUGCAGAGGAAGGUCAACAUUGCUAGCAUCUGUAACUUUGCAUGGUACUUUAACAAAAGCAGGGGGGGGGAGGUUUUGCCCCAAGGAACGUGCAGUCUGAAAUAGGUUACAGAAGAGAAAGGGGAAGUAUGUGUAGCAAGGGAUAAUGGUUACCAAAGCACGUGCCUUCCUCUUGCCAUGCUCCCAGUGUUUCUUCUGCUGCAAAGCCAGCCUGCACAGUCCCACACAACCACCUGCCAAUCAAUCUGUUACUAUAUCUGUGUGAGCUGCAUGUCUUGAGGAGGACAGGGAGAGGCCAUGAAGGACAGCUCUAAGCCGUAUGUGUGCAUGUGGCUCUGAGGACUUGGUCUAUGUCAGUUAAACUCGACAUCCUUUUCUUAUUGCAGCUUCAUAUUCAAGGACGGCAAUCACUUGAUUAGUAAAGUUGCCUGCAAAGUGGAAUGUGUUGCUUUUGAGGAAGGAGAAAUAUUCAAGGUUGUCUAAAACAGAUGUUCACUCUAGUUAAAAUGAAAGGUAAACAGGCACUUAACUUAAUGAUCAGUUGCCUGCAAUUCUACAGUUAAUUGCAGUUACUGAGAGAAAUGAUAAUAGUCUUUAAUUCAGCUAAUUUAUAUUUCUUUUGUAGGAAAUAUCUUUUGCAGAUUUACAAAUUUGUUGUGGAAUUCUGAAAAACCCCCAGAAAGAAUCAGCGUCUUUUGAGGAAGCUGGUUGCUUGCUUUAUGUUCUUGUCUCAAAAGUGCCAGCCUAAAUGGAUGAAAAUGGCCAAUUUCAAAGAGGCCCAAAUCCAAGCUCUAUCGUCUAAAAGGUUCCAGAAUUCUAGUGCAAAGGAACACCUCUGCCUUUGCACUGGUACUGGGACCAAGCCUGCUCACUGUAGUAGCAAGCCAUCAUGGCUGACACCAGUAAAAAGCCUCUGUGUGGAGCAGCAAGAAAAUAAAUAGCAUUUUUUUAAAAACUGGAGAAAGAGGCAGUGUCACAAAGGCAUUGUAAUGGGUGCAGAAGUAGCCUGCUUCCCCAGCAUUGGUGCAACAUUGCUGUCCAUAUGGUCCGCUUACUGCCAUAAGAUGUAGUGAUGCAUUUUUGCCUUAGAUGGCUUUAUAAAUCCAUGGUGGAUAGAUCUGUCAAUAGCUACUAGCCAUGAUAUCUAAAUGGAACACCUGCAUUCUUCUGAGGUAGUAUGCCACUGGAUACCAGUUCCUCUGUGUGCAUUCAAGUCAUACCUGGGCUUCUCAGAAGCAUCUGGAUGGCCACCUGGGGGAAGCAGAGUAGACUUACCAAGGCUUUUGAUCUGAUCCGCCAGGGCUACUGCUACAUUUUUAGGAUCAAAUCUUUGGAUGAUUUGACAUUGCCACAGUGUUUCUCACCAAGGGUUCGUUGCCGAUUACUUUUCUGCGGUCGCGGACAGCUGUGCAGUUCAUAGAGUACAGAAGGGUAUCACGCUUCCUUGUAGCACAUAACUCUAGACUCUUGCUUUGGUUUUCCAGAUCCUCACAGCAGAGUGUGCCUUACCUCAGACGAUCAAGAUGAUCCCCUGAGCUCUUACAUCAAUGCCAACUACAUCAGGGUAAGAGCUAAGCAAUCCUGAAGGGUUUUCUGCGUAAGUGGGUUUCAAUUAUUCAUGAACAGCUGCAAAAUUCCAUAGAUCACCAUUCCCACCCCAAAACACACCUUGUGGUCUUUAAAAACAUUUGCAAUUGUUUUGGAUACCAGCUGUUGUUACUUCAGUAUCAGAGAAUGACACCAGUCCUCUUUUCUGUCCCUAUGGCCAUUUCCCUGGUUCAUAUAGGCCCUGCACUUGAACUUGGAGCUUAUUUGGUAGCAGUUGACACAACUCAGACAGAGAACUUAUAUAUGAGCUGUAGGCUCCAUCUACUCCUGGCUCUGAGCCAGACCCUGAUCUGGGCAGAUGCUUACAUAUCCUUCCUCCUUCUUCCCACAAGUAGCCUCAUGCAGCUAUCUAGCUACUUCAACAGCAGCUCUGAAGCUUCUGCCUGGCCGUGUUCUUCUGCUUUGUCCCUGUGGGUCAAGGGUGGUUCUGGGAGCCAGCCAGGAACCUAUGGAGACCUCUGGUGAGGAUGUCUGGCUCCAGCAGUUCAAAAGGGCUGUUGGUGGUGUGGAAAUCUUGCUCCCCUUGCACCUUCUCCAAGGAGACCUCAGAUUUCAAGGCCUGGGCAGUGCUGAACCCUGAGGGUCUAACACAACUCUUGGGCUCCAGCAAAACCAAAAAGAGCAUAAUCGAGCUUGGUUUAACCAUGCUUCUUGCAUAGCAUAAAUGCUUCCAUUGCCAUAGCAACCAUUGCUGCUUGUAUAAAUUGAAGCUGUGCCUUCUGUCCUUGGCUUGUGUGUGGUGGGGGGAGGUGGGAGAAAGUGUGCACUAGCACAUUUAUUUUUGAUUUGCUAAGUGUCCUUGGGUAAAAGACUGGAGAACUGAGGUCUGUGCACAGCUCAACACUAAUGAACCCUUGUUGCUUUGUUGGCAGGGCUAUAGAGGAGAAGAAAAGGUGUACAUUGCUACUCAGGGACCCAUAGUUAAUACUGUCAGUGAUUUCUGGAGAAUGGUGUGGCAGGAGCGUUCUCCAAUUAUUGUCAUGAUUACCAAUAUAGAAGAGAUGAAUGAGGUAAUGCUGAGUCUCUGCUCUUUAUCCCAUGUUGUAAUUGAUGUUUCCACAGUGGAUGCCUGAGCCAUGGGAAAUGAUUGAAUAAAAUAUGGUUCCAUUCAUGAAGCUAGUUUGCUUUGUAAAUUACCUCAGUAGUCAUGGUUUGGAGUGCUUUAAAAAGGCGUGAUGAGCAAAACAUCAGCACACAUGUAAGCCCCAUCCCAACAUUGAAGAAGGUGAAUAAUACAUUUGUUACUUGUUUGUUGUGAGAUUGAAAUGACUUUCCCAAAGGCAAUGGAUGCUGUGUUUUCCCAGCACUUAAUUAUGUUAUUAGGGAAGUAUGAUUUCUACCCUUAUAGCUUUCCAGUUUCUAAUGCUGAUUAGAAAUGGUCGCUUAUCCCCGCUUCUCGGGUGGGCAGUGCUUGCAGUCCAGCCCAGCUCAGCAGGACAUGGAAGGAAGAGGGUGAUCCCUCCCUCCUUUGCAGCAAUCCUGGCCACGGAGGAUGCUGGGCUUGCCCACCAAAACCUAUAAUUUGAAUAGGCUUGUCACAGCCUUCAGGGUGGGAAGAGCAUCAGCAGUGGACCAGAGGGAGCAAAGCGUCUCUCUGGCCCACCACUGCAGCUUAAAAGGCCAGCUGCACUUUCUACAAGCGGUGCAGUCAGUGACAGAUCAACCCGCUCACCCACCGAGUAAUUGGGUCUGUUGAUCCUGUGUUCAUAAACUUGCUUUGGAUACAUUAGGUCACUAUAUUCAGGGCCAGGAAGGAAUUUGCCUGGAAACAAAUUUAGACCAUCUGAGGGUUUUGCCUUCCUCCUAGGAAUCACCACAACUGUUGGUAGAUAAGGCGUUGGGUUGAAUCCUGUAGUCUUAUUUCUGGAAGGGGAUGACGUGGUUCAUCACCCCCUUCCCCUCCAGCAGGUGCAAUAUCUCAAUAAAGGAAUCUAGGUGGAAGUUCUGUCCUGAAGCCUAUAGGAGAGCAGAUAGGCCUUAGAACUUCCAGAGGGCAGCUUAGAGGACCAGCUUAAUUGACUCACAUCUUGAGGUAGCCUUUAACUGAGGCACGAUCCUGAAAAUCUCCAGCCAACAGGCAGGAGUAUCAACCAGAAAGAACACCCAAUGCCUAAGCCAAACCUACCUGCAUCUGUAAUCAAUAAUGUUGUAGCCAUUUUCAAUCCAAGAACAAUGUUGUGCCCGUUUGUCCACCAGUUCUCGCCUCGUCCCUUCUCGUGCCCUAGUUUCAUCUAUGACUGGGUUAGGUAUUCCUCCUGCCCAGGAGAGGCAGGGAACCUUGUGAUCAACAUUUAUGUAACAUCCUGGUUGUGUUUAUGUCUCUCCAUUUUAGCUCUUUGCCUCAUCCAGGACAGAGCUCUGACUCUGCUCUUUUUUGGUUAAUCUCCUCCUACAUUUCUUUAGCACAUUUUUCUUUUCCAUACCCAAUUCUCUUUUCCUUAAUUUUUUUUAAAGCUAUUUCUCUCUCUUCUCUGCCAUUUCCUCUUCUUCUCCUUCCUUUCCUACUCAGCUCCCUAGUGGUAAUUCCACUACACACCUUUGUUCCUGUCACAUGGGAUAACAAUGUGACUGUUCCAGAUCCUAGCCAAGCCACCUUGAUAGAGUUGAUACUUAUCAGCAGAUAUGAUCUACUCUGUAGGAUCCUUCAAUCUCUCUGUCGCAUGGAGCUUCUGGAAGGUUCCCCUCUAGUUGGAAUCCCAACCUACUUUGGAGGUUGAGAUCAAAUCUCUUGCUAUGUGGGAUUCUGUGCUAGCAAGGGUAGGGUAUCAAAGCUGUUCACAUGCUUAUUUACCUCUCCUGGGGUAACGAGGACUUGCUCUAUUCAUGGGUGGGUGCCUCACUUACCCAUCUGGACAAAAUACUUUCACACAGUGAGUACCCAAACUUACAUUUCCCUCCCCUUAAAGUGAGCUGCCUCCAAGUUCUGCUGUCACCGAUGUCAUUUUCUCAACAUCUGUUUUGCUUCCAGGUUAGCAACUGGGCAGUUGACACCCCUUAGGAGUCUGGAUUUAACCCUGUUGUUUCUAGCUGCUGCUAUUUCUACUUGAGGCAUUGGCAUAUUGCAGUAUGGAUUGCUAUGCGAAACAUAGAUGAGCAACUGUUUGACUUAAUCGGUUUGAUAAAUUCUGUGAAUCUGUGAAUCAAUUCUGUGGGCAACAGAGCUUAAUAGAUCACGGUCAGCUACCAUUUUUCUUCCAAUCUAUCCAUCGCAACUUGUAUCUGCAGUGCUACUUGGAUGUUACCAAGGAGAUAGGAAAGCUGUGCAACCUAACGGCACAUGCACACUCACUUUUUCCAAAAGACACAUUUGGUUAGAAGUCAUUCAUUAAUCACAAAAGUCUAGUAGAUGCCAUCAGUCUCUGUACUAACAAAAGAUAUGAUUGAGCGCAAUGUUUCAUUGAUACCUCUUGUUUAAAGAAUAAAAUCAUGCCAUGAGACUCUGAUAUAAAUAUAGGCUACAGUCCCCUUCUUGUUAGCAUCCCUGUUCUGAUGUUUCUCUCCCCAUACCCCCACCCUUGCCAGUUUCAAAUUAUUAUAUGAACACUAUGUCUUAAAAAUGUGUCGACGCAGAGCUGAAACCUUUGUUAUGCCAUGAUGCUUGAGAAAGAGUCUUUGUGUUCCUGCUAUAUACGUUCAAUAAUGCAAGGAUUAGUGGCUCACUAUUCCAGCACUUUUGUCAGGUCUAAUCUGAACUGACAGACAGCCCACGGAAAUGUGUGGGUGUUCUUCAUUUCAGCUGCUUGGAGUCUGAGCUAUAGAUAGUUACUAGCACAUUUGUCAGUUUUUACAAUGGAUGAGCGCUAUUGUAGCAUGGAGGGACUGCGUCGAGGCGGGGGAACAGAAUUGUGAAAAUUUGACUCAUGAAAUGGUAGUGACAAAUUUUCCCACUGGUGUAAACCAGUGGUGCGGCUUACAUGCAAAGGUGCAGCAGCAGAAAAAUGUGGAUAUUCUGUAUUAUCUCCCUUAUUUAACUUUUAUUUGGCCUCCGUUCAUUACAUUUAUCCCGGAGGCCUAGACAGUUCCUUUGCAAGAAACCAUGUGGGGGGUCCAUCACAUUAUGAGUUCUCCCUUGCAAAUGGCACUGACUCAUGAAACAUGGGUAGAAAUGCUCAUAAGGUUAUGGGCAUGGCUCAUAUGGCACCUUUACCGAGCAGUGUGGCUGAAACAUGUAAGAUUUGCCACAAGAGUACAAAUAUACCUUAAAGACAGAGAUGAACAAACCAUACAACCCUGAGAAAGAAGGUAGUUGUUGUUUAGGCGUUUAGUCGUGUCCGACUCUUCGUGACCCCAUGGACCAGAGCACGCCAGACACUCCUGUUUUCCUGUUUGGUCAAAUACAUGUUGGUAGUUUCGAGAACAUUGUCCAACCAUCUCAUCCUCUGUCAUCCCCUUCUCCUUGUGCCCUCCAUCUUUCCCAACAUCAGGGUCUUUUCCAGGGAGUCUUCUCAUGAGGUGGCCAAAGUAUUGGAGCCUCAGCUUCAGGAUCUGUCCUUCCAGUGAGCACUCAGGGCUGAUUUCCUUAAGAAUGGGUAGGUUUGAUCUUCUUGCAGUCCAUGUGACUUUCAAGAGUCUCCUCCAGCACCAUAAUUCAAAAGCAUCAAUUCUUCGGCGAUCAGCCUUCUUUAUGGUCCAGCUCUCACUUCCAUACAUCACUACUGCGAAAACCAUAGCUUUAACUAUACGGACCUUUGUCGGCAAGGUGAUGUCUCUGCUUUUUAAGAUGUUGUCUAGGUUUGUCAUUGCUUUUCUCCCAAGAAGGAGGCGUCUUUUAAUUUCAUGGCUGCUGUCACCAUCUGCAAUGAUCAUGGAGCCCAAGAAGGUAAAAUCUGUCACUGCCUCCAUUUCUUCCCCUUCUAUGGAAGCAGUGACAGAUUUUACCUUCUUGGGCUCCAUGAUCACUGCAGAUGGUGAAGGUAAAGGAACCUUUAUGUCUCUUGAUAACUGAGUGAGAUACUGAGGGAAAGGUGGGGAAUCCCCUUCUGCAUAAAUUCUUCCAUUACUAAUGAGAAAAGUGUUAUUAUAUAUCAUUUAUUACAUUUAUUAAUAAUCAAGGUGGAACUUUCUUUCAUGCAGUUCUUUUAAAUGCAGGAGCCUAUUCUGGAUAUGCCAACCAGAGGAUUUUAAACAUCCAGAGGCUGCUGUUCAAAGGGAAAGCCAACAAUUCUACUUGGCAUAUGCAAGCUGUGGGCGCAACACACCUAAAGUAGCUCUUUGCAUUUGUUAGCUGUAGAAUUCAUUCAAAAAGUUUGCAAACAGCUUAAUUUUUCUAAAAUCUCUGCAGUGUGCUACAUGAAACCAAGAAAAAACAUAAAUAAAACAUAAAUAUCGCCCUGAGACCCCCCAGGUAGAGGGCAGUAUACAAAAUCAAUAAUAAUAAUAAUACAACAUAAAUCCAGUAAGACAGUAGUAUAAAAGCAUGUGAAAACAGGCAUUCAUACACAUAAAACCUGGGCUGGGUCAGAUCUUAUGGGUCAGGAAAAGUCUGGCCAAAAAACUAUGGCUUUACAAGACACAUGAAGGAACUGGUGGUUGCUGCUUCAUAUAUGGCAGUACAUAAUAUCACAACUGGUCUUUGGAAACAAUUUGCACAACUUGCUUAAAUAUGUCUGGAGACAGGACUGGGUGCCAGCUGAGGUUUAUGUUUUUAAAAAUGGGGAGCCAACCACAGCUGUUUUAUCUCAGAGUCCUCAGCAUAACAUGAUGCCUGCAGCUCUAGGUAAAGGUAAAGGGACCCCUGACCAUUAGGUCCAGUCGUGGCCAACUCUGGGGUUGCGGCGCUCAUCUCGCUUUAUUGGCCGAGGGAGCCGGCGUACAGCUUCCAGGUCAUGUGGCCAGCAUGACUAAGCCACUUCUGGCGAACCAGAGCAGCGCACAGAAAUGCCGUUUACCUUCCAGCCAGAGCAGUACCUAUUUAUCUACUUGCACUUUGACGUGCUUUCAAACUGCUAGGUUGGCAGGAGCAGGGACCGAGCAAUGGGAGCUCACCCCGUCCCGGGGAUUCGAACCACCGACCUUCUGAUCGGCAAGUCCUAGUCUCUGUGGUUUAACCCACAGCACCACCCGCGUCCCUCAGUCUGCUCUAGCAGACACUAAUUCAAUCUGAAUGAGAUCAAGUUUUGGCUACAAAUUCUGGCCAUUUUUGGUUUGUAUGCUUCUGCACACACACACACCCCAUCCCACCCUGCUUUACGCAAUAUCUGGCCUGAAGAAGAGUCCUGCAAAACCCAAAACCUUGCCCCCUAUUUUGUGACAGAUUGAUUGGUCCUAAAAAAAGUUGUUAUUGUAGAUUUUGGAGUUAUGUCGCUUAUUUUGCUUUUGAAGUGUACUUUUUUUUAGUACACCAAAGUCACUCCUGUGCCAGCCGAUAACUUAUUUUAUAUGUAUGGUUUAUAUUUUACUCAGAAAUGUACAGAAUACUGGCCAGAAGAACAGGUUACCUAUGAAGGAAUUGAAAUCACGGUUAAAAGAGUUAUACAAGCAGACGAUUACCGGUUAAGGCUUAUUACCCUAAAGGUAAGAUCACUCACGUAUAUGUGGAGCUGCAUGAAAAAGGCCUCAUAAAGUUGCUGUUUUAUAUCCAGCCUAUAAAACACAGCUGAAACACCACUUUUCAUUACUGCACUGAGUAUGUGUCUGUCUGGUUUCCAACCAUGUACGCAAUAUACUAAUGAAAGCAGUCAGGUAUUUUAGAUUGAAUGUGUGCAGCUCAAAGACUUUCCAGCCACUUGUGCUCAUCCAGCGGAAGAAUUCUGUGAGUCAUUCCACACAAUUCUAGCACCGGUCAUUUAUUACGGCAUGCUUGCUCAGUAAAUGUUCUUUAUGUACAUUGACUAGCCUCUAAAUGCAGGAAUCACCAGCCUGGCACCCACAGGCAUCACAUUGGUGGGCCUUACAAUCGGAGGGGUUUUUUUCAGAAACAGCAGGCCCUUCAGCCGUAGGGGGGAUUUUCUGAAUUAUGUGGGUAAUUCGGAAAUUACUUGGACAGAGAGGGAGAGAUGUAUGUGUGGUCUGUUUGCAUGUGUGGUCUGUGUGUGAGAGGCAGCAAGGUGUGUAUGGCUAUGUCAGUGUGAAGUUAUGGGGGGGGUGAGAGAGAGAGAGAGAGAGAGAGAGAGAGAGCCCAAUAGUCCGUAUGGGUGUAGUGAGUGUACUCCUGUGCCCUGUGCAAGAGUGGGUGUCGUAUGCCUACCUUGUGUAUUUUUCCUGGUCCUGGGGAAUGCUCUCUGUUGGUAAACAGCAGCAGCAGCAGCAGCAGCAUUGUGUGUCAUGGAGAUGUGUCAAUAUUGUGUGAUCUCCACAAUCAGGACCAUCAGGACACAGGUGACUUCCCACAGCAAGCAUGAGGUUGUCAGGAGGGGGUAGAUAUGACAGCUGCCACCAACACUUUCUCGAAAUUGGGAAUGUGUUUGCUGGUCCAAUAAGGUUUGCAACUCCUGACCUAAAUGUAUGGCUUUAGAAUAACAGCGGUGCUUGGACUAUCCCAUUCCAAUAUCUUUAGAUUCCCCUUUGUCCCUUGUAUUCAGUGUGCUUCGCUAGCUGCAAAAAACGGGCAGAGGAUUUUUUCUUAGCAACAAAAACCAGGAGUGGUUUAUCAAAACGUUUUGAGGAUGGAAGUGAAGACUGAGAGAUUCAAGAGAGAGGUCUAGAACAACAACCACCUGCUUAAUUUUAUCUUUUUACCUCUCAAAGAUCUCAGUAAGGAUUUUGUUUUCAGUUGUACAGUGGUACCUCGAAUUACAUACGCUUCAGGUUACAGACGCUUCAGGUUACAGGCUCCGCUAACCCAGAAAUAGUACCUCGGGUUAAGAACUUUGCUUCAGGAUGAGAACAGAAAUGGCGCAGCAGCAGCGCAGCAGAAGUGGGAGGCCCCAUUAGCUAAAGUGGUGCUUCAGGUUAAGAACAGUUUCAGGUUAAGAACGGACCUCCAGAAUGAAUUAAGUUCUUAACCUGAGGUACCACUGUAUUUCAAAAAGCCAUUAUUAUUAUUAUUAUUAUUAUUAUUAUUAUUAUUAUUACUUUAUUUUAUUAUUAAUUAUUAUAGCUCAUUAAGCUUGGUUUCCUUCCACUGUAACCUAAAGUCUACUGAGCCUUUUGUCGGUAAAGAUUUGGGGGUCUUUUAAAGGAUUUAUAAAAGAGAAGUUGGAUACAGUGUUGUUUUGUUGGAAGGUUUUAAAGGUGUUAAAGACUACAUUUUCAGCUGCCAACUAGAAUGCUUAAUUUAUCUUUAUGUGUUCUCUGACUGAGUAACAGACAUCUCAGCCUGAUCUCCUGUGACCUGUUGCACUGGAAGCAAAGUGUUCAAGGCCACUUCUAUUCGUGCUUCUGUUCGUAAAUGUUUGUAAUGUUGUUGGGCCAGCGGCAUGAGCAGGUAUCCAGCUGUAUAACGUCUGCAGUUGGGUGUCUUCAGUGCUGUUGUGCCACAAAGGCUCCUUCCAGCACCAUCUUUGGCACAAAUGGAGCUACACAGGACUCUUGCCCAAUGCCAUACAGAGCAACCAGGUGCAAUCAAGAUCCUUUCUCCCUCUUCUGCCAGCAACCAUCAUAAGCAUAAUUUAAUGACAUACGGAGAUUCAUAAAACAGUAAAUCUUCCACACCUCCCAUAAGCAACAUCUUCUGUCAUAGUUAUAUGAUUUAUAGGGUUGGAGUAUUAAGUGUUGGUGGUUUCAGUUUCUCUCUGGGUUUUGUUUAUUUACUAAAUCCAAACUUCACUGGUCAAAAUGCUUAGUGCUAUGUACCGGUAUUUCCUUCAUGCCAUUACCACACAUCAGAACGCCUAAAAAUCAACUGCACUCCAAUAGUUAUUAAUGAUUUCAACCGAUUUAAAGUUUAAGAUCAUAAGAAGAUCAUUUAAGCUGGUCUUGUUGAUUUAAGUUUUAGUACUAAAUGUUGCUUUUCUUGGGCCCUUCCAUAGAUGCAUAUAUUUGAAAGUAACUGUUUAGCACAGUGUAAAAUUUCCCCAUCAAUGCCUAAAAGAUUGAAGCAAACAUUCCAUUGACCUCUAGUUCCAAUCGGGCACAAGAUUAAGCAGCCAUAAAGUGAAGCAGGCUGGAUUAAUUAGCAUGCCUGAAAACUGAGCAGCAUAUCUGUUGAUUCAACAGCGGUAUUAUUAUUUUUUUGGAAAAGAAAGCUUUAUGUCUUACGCUUUCCCAGAGAGUGACAUGUGGUAUAUGCAGUUAGAAAUAGCUGUCUGUCUAUUAGGUUAUAAAUAUGAUUUCUUUCCAUUUAUGUUCCCAAUAUUAUUAAGAACAUAAUUAUAUUUUGAAAACAGCUCUUCAGUUUGCUGAAUAGCAGCAAGAAAGUAUGACCUCUGAAAAGUGUAAAUUGCCUACAUUGCCAACAUAGUAUUGCAAGCCUUAAUUUUACUCUGAUGUCAUAAGUUAGUCCAGGAGGCCAUCUCAUGAGAGCAGCAGAGUCAGUGUGGCUUUGCCAGCAAUUGGCGUUAAUUAUAUAUUUAAAGUUAUUUAUAUACCAUUCAUGAAAGAUAGCUGCAAAGAUAUUGUUGCAGUUUGCAGUUUUAAAUAAAGCAACACAUCAUUAAAUCUGGGUAAAAAGAUAGGAAAAUAUAUAAUUUUCAAAAAUAAUAAUAAUUUUGGAAGAAGAAGACUACAUAGCACAACAGAUCCUUAUGCAUCCUUGGGGAGAAUAAUGUAGCUUUAAGACAGGUUAAAUAUUUCAUCUUUAUAUUUAAUUUUCUAUCUUGUUAUCAGCCCUUAUUACACAAAUCCCCUUUGAGAAGGGUUAGUAAACUGCAUACCCCAAGAAAAUGUUUUUUUAAACUCAUUAAGGAGUCUCACCUUUUGGAAAAUACCUUUUCUGGUUGCCUGUAUAAAUCUCUUUAUAACUCUCUUAUAGAAGGGUGAAGAAAUAAGAAAUCUGAAACACUACUGGUAUACUUCCUGGCCAGAUCAGAAGACUCCUGAUCAAGCACCAGCCCUGUUGCAGCUGGUUCAGGAAGUGGAAGAGGCAACACAGUGUGCAGAAGAACAGAAUGCUCCAAUCAUAGUUCACUGCAGGUAGCUUAAUUAUGCAUUGUUAAACCAUUAUGAAGAGAGAGGAAAGAACAUGGGAAGUUUUAAGGAAGUUGUCGUUGUGUUAAAGUAACCUUCUCUCACAAUGCUGAUCUAGAGAGUUCAGGUAUCUGAAGAAGUGUGCGUGCACAUGAAAGCUCAUACCAAUAACAAACUUAGUUGGUCUCUAAGCUGCUACUGGAAGGAAUUUUUUUAUUUUGUUUCGACUACGGCAGACCAACACGGCUACCUACCUGUAACUAGAGAGUACAAUUUCUGCAUGAUCCACCUGCUGUGAAAAACUGCUUUUAACUACUGUUCUGUUAGCCUAUGUCAGGUAUGGUAGUGAGGAAGCAUCUCUUGCUUCUAAUUUGGCACUGGAACUUCAAAGAGAAGUCGUCCCCCCCCAAAAAAAAACCCCAGAAGUAUGGCCCCAGAAGCCUUUAUGAUGUGAAAACCUUAUACCGACACUUGAGUUUGUGCUGGAAGUGACCUGACUCUUUUAUUGUCCCCAUCUGCUGUGCAGAUGGAAUGGAAAACAGUGUGGGUUGCUUAAUUAACCAUGCAAUGUGGGGAAACAGUCAGUUUAAAGGGGGGGUAGAGAUAGGCUCAUUUAAUUCUUUUUCCUAGGCUGACAGUGACCCGGUUUCUGAGGUGAAGCUGCAGCCAUUUCCCCCACCACAAUUCCACCACUCAUUUUUUGUAAUGACAUCCAGGUGACACUGAAGGAGUUUGCAGGUGAAUCAACAUUAUACACAUGUGUGUGCGCACACAGAUAGAUAUAUAUAUAUAUAGGGAAAACUAUGCAAAUUUGACCUUCUCAUAUAUCAUUCUCUAGGUGGAGUCCUGGGGUCACAUGGUACAUUCAAUUCAUAGUGGACAGGAGUUCUCCUCCACUGUGAGAAUUGCCCGGUUAGCAUAUGAACUGGAUUCAUAUGAAGUGACUCAUAGUCUCUGGGAAAGUCGCUGUUAAUAUUGAAUGAUCUAUGUACGUGAGGGAGAGGGAAGGAGAGAGAGAUGAAGAUCAUCCUUAUCCUAGUAAAAAUUCAUAGCUUUGUUCUUGGGCUUUCCUGGGCUUGUUCACAGUAGAAAAUGGCAGACUUGCUUUUUAAAUAAAAAUAAAUACUAAAAUAGAUUUUGAUUUUUUUAUGAACAUCAUAAGAGCAGCCAAGCAUGCAUGGAAAAUGAGCAGAGAUCAGCUAUCAUAAAUUAUACAUUGAAAUGAAAGACUAGUUAGUGUUCUCAUACAAAAUAAAUUCAGGUUCUGAUAACAUAAGUUCCUUUUUUUUAUACCACUGGACUUUGGCAGGCAGCAGGAAACAUUCCUAUUUUAAAGCAGAUAUCCUUUUUGAUACGGUUACAGAAAGAGUCCAUAACUGACCAUAUAUAUUGACAAUCAUUUAAUGUCAUGACACUAGAUGGAGAAAUUUUAAAACCAAAUAUGAGCAUUCCUUGUACAAACUGGCCUGGGGGGGUGGGAACCAAUGAGAUCCUGGUGGCCUUAAAUGUACUGUGAUGUAUCAAUGCACAAAUAUCAGUAUGCCAAACCUCUUAAAGUAAUCUUAAAAGUAUAUCUGCAUAAUAUAGCAAAAUCAGUUUUCUAAAACAGCUUUUUGCCAGAAUUCUCAGUUUAUCCUGCGUUCACAAGUGCUGUGUCAAUGUAUCUUAAUAGAAUGCUAUUUUAUCCAGACUCCUAGCUGUCCAGUUUUGAUGGUCCUCUUGUCCAAUGCCCUUAUCCCAGCCAUUCAGAUACAUUUUGUAACUUGUUUAAAUGAGGAAAAUACUGCUGCAAAAUGCAUGUAGCAACUGUCCUUAAAGAAUACUCCAUUAUACAACAUGCUUUGUCACUUUUGCUUCUCAUUUUUCAUUAAAAUAAUAAAUAGAAUUUAUCACUUGCUGCCACCCAUAAAUGCAAUACAAGAACAACUCUGGUCAAUAACCAAAGAUUAACCUGAAGAACAAUACUGUUGCAGUGUUAGAGACCAGGGGAUCUUUUAUUUUAUUUUGGUGGUGGUUGGUGGAAAUCAAAUCAAAUCUUGUGUCCUGUACACAUCUCCAAAGAGCUGGGUGAAAAGACUGCCCACAAGUAGCAUUUCUUUAUUUCCCCCAAGGGCACAGCUGGUGGCCAAAAUUAUCUAAGUGACAAUGAAUGAAAAUCCAUUUGAGAUGCUACCAGCACUUCUUGAGACCUGCAAAAUGGGAAAAGCUCUUGGACUGAGGAGUAAUUGUUAUUUGCUGCUUCCAUUAUUUAAAGUGACAUGUUGACAUAUCAGGCCUGACAGAAGCCAGAUGGCUCACCUAACAUCUGUCUGGCAUUGCACCCUGUAACAUUUUCCUCCAAUCCAUGUGGUAAUCUUUCACUGAAUAUAUAUAUGGCUGAUGGUUAGAACAUUAGUUUCUGUCUUUUUCAUUUCCUCAAAUAAAUGAGAACUGCUUAUUCUGGACAAGGAAAACAUCUUAUUAAACUGUCUCUCUGCAUACCAGAUUCUCACAAACUCUCCUUAUGGGGUACACAGAGGUUAUGCCAACUGAGUUUCAAUGGUGGGGGCAAAAACAAACAAACACAGACAUACCCCUUGCUUAAUGGUUUGGGGCCAAAUUAAAUACAUGUAAGACGCAAGUACACUCUGAUUAACUGAGUCUUCUUAUCUGUUACUGCUUUCUUCAAACCACACUUACCAAAGUAAAAAAAUCAGCUACUUAAAAUUUAAAAACCUAUUGCAGACCUAGGUAUAGUUUCUGCCCACAUUCUGGGCUGGCUGGCUGGCUGGCUUGCAGCGUUAAACCACAAUUUACAAUAAACUAUGAACGCUUUAGGGACACGGGUGGCACUGUGGGUUAAACUACAGAACCUAGGGCUUGCCGAUCAGAAGGUCGGUGGUUCGAAUCCCCGCAACGAGGUGAGCUCCCGUUGUUCGGUCCCUGCUCCUGCCAACCUAGCAGUUCAAAAGCACACAGUGCAAGUAGAUAAAUAGGUACCGCUCCGGCGGGGAGGUAAACGGAGUUUCCGUGCGCUGCUCUGGUUUGCCAGAAGCGGCUUAGUCAUGCUGGCCACAUGACCUGGAAGCUGUACGUCGGCUCCCUCAGCCAAUAAAGCGAGAUGAGCGCCGCAACCCCAGAGUCGGUCACAACUUGACCUAACUGUCAGGUCUUUACCUUUAUGAACACUUUGUUCUUCCCUUGCUGCUGAUUGUGCCAUGUGGGGAUGAAACAUGAUAGAAGGCUUGUCCACAUGUUCACCCGAACACAGACAGGUUCAAGCUAUCUCAACACACGUACAAGUGCAGGUGCGAAAAGUGUACACUUGUUGAUUUAUGUAGCUCAGCUGUUUUGUACAAAGGUACACACACCACACUCGCUGAUUGACUGUUACUGGUGAACAUUCAUAGAGUCUGACUUGCCAUGAAGAGUGAUCCUGAGCAUGCAGCUUGUUUCUCUCCAAGGCUUUGUACAUUUGGCAAGGGUACAUCUGAAAUACUAAGAGAAUAAUUGAUGCUCUUUCUGAAGAUUCCCACCUUCAUUUUCUGUUCCUCUCUCUCUGGCCAGUGCAGGGAUCGGUAGGACUGGCUGCUUCAUCGCCACCAGCAUUUGCUGCAAACAGUGGAAGAACGAGGGCGCAGUUGACAUACUCAGAACAACCUGCCAGCUACGGCUAGACAGGUGAGAGAAUAUUGUAUUAUUGUCUUUUCCACUUUUCCUUCAAAAACAAACACUGUAGACCCAAUGCUUUCUUCUUUUUUAGCAUAUGAACAGAGUUUGUCUCUUUGGGAAAGUAUUGCUGCUGUACAAAUCAUUUAUAACAGGGGGGGAGACCUGUGGUCUUACAGGUGCUGUUGGGCUAUAAACCCCAUCAUCCCUGACCACUGUCCCAUGUGGACUGGGGCUGAUAGGAACUCGAGUACUGCAAUAUCUGUAGAGCUACAGGUUGCCCAUCAUUGUUGUUUAAAGAAAGUAUUGGGGAAUAGAUACAAGGGCUGGGUUCAUGGCUAGUGCAAACCAAGGUUUAUGAAUCAACAAUAAGCCAUGGCUUACUAAUGUGGUUUGUUCAUGGUUGAUAAAGCAUGACUGAGCCACUGGGCUGAGUUUGGACAAUCAAAUUAAAUCGUAGUUUAUAAACCAUGGUUUAGCAUUUCAUGUGAAGCAGGUCUUGUACAACGGGAAGUCUUCCCCCCCUUUUUUUUUUACAUUCACUUUUAAGUCUUGCCUUUUGAAACAUUGAAACAUUUUUACCAUUUGAUUUUAUCUUUUUUUAAAAAAAAUCUCUUUCUCGUUUUUAUUCCAUUGUAGUUAGUUAAAAAAAGAGGGUACAUUACAAUGACAAAUUUGGAUAUUUCUGAGAAAAAAUAUUGGAAGCAGCCACACAAGAUAAAAACGAAAUUACAGACUAUUAAGAAUGUAAUGAAUGGUUUAAUGAGAAUUAAUUACAUUUGUAUUAUUUACAAGUGACAGGUGUAUUCAGAAUGUCAGAAAUACUGAUUUGAUGACUUAAAUAUGUGAUCAAUUUCACUGAAAUCACUGAAACAUAACUUCAGCGUAAACUUGAACUGUUAAAUAGAUGAAAUUAGUUGGAUUCACUGUUACCAUGCAACAUGUGAGCAGGGUGAUGUUAGCGAAGUGGAAUGUCAACUCAGACUUAGAAUAAGCUUAACUGAAUAUGCAGGGAGAAAUUUAUAGCUUUUGGGGGGGAUAUAUAUUUUAUACAGAUGUAUAGAUAUGAAUACAGAUCCCAUAAGGGCAUUCCUAUCUUCCAGUUGUAACAUGGAAAGUUAAUGGGGGGGGGGGGACGGGAUUAGUGCACAACAGUACUUCAGACAUCACUCCUGUAGCUAGAUUGCCAUCUUGUGGUCAUAUGUAACCAUUACACCUGUACCAGGAAGGCUAUAGAGCAGGCAUAAGCAAACUCAGCCCUCCAGAUGUUUUGGGACUACAGCUCUCAUCAUCCCUAGAUAACAGGACCAGUGGUCAGGGUUGAUGGGAACUGUAGUCCAACAACAGCUGGGGGGCCGAGUUUGCCUAUGCCUGCUAUAGAGAUUGCAUGAAAGGAAAGUUGAUACAUGCCUUCAACUUCAGUAACAGCUGAGAAGUACUAUAAGGACUGGGAACACAGUUGAUCCAACACCAGUAGGUGGUGUAUAAAUACUCGUCUAAAUAAAAAAGCAGGCUUGGACUCUACACCAUAUUUAUCUCUUACCUUCCACGAACAUUAAAAAGCAUAUCUUGCUGCUACACCCAAAAGCCAGGGUGAACCUCACCUGGCUUAGCUGACUUCCAAAGAAUGUAAAAUUGUGGGCCGGAUACCAUAUUCUGAAUUUAAAUGUUGUAUCACAGAGAAUGCAUAUAGCACUGACAGCAUCAGUGCAUCAUGAGGGCAAGUAGUCAGAGAGGAGCACUGAUUUUCGUUGAUUAGGUUUUAGUUAGCUUCCCAAACAUGCCAUCAGGCAGGCUGCUGGAAUCUUCCAUCUUACUGUGGCUAUACCAUGGCUGUCAUUAUUCUGACUCUAUUGGCCAGGUGUAAAUAGAUUUGGGGAACCCGAUUCAAAACCUUUUUGUUGUGCUUUGUAUCAACAACUGCAGAAUUAAACUCACUUUUUCCAAACAAAGUCUAUGACCUAAAAGCAAUUUCCUGUGAUCUUUGGCAUCUCUGUGAUCCAUUACCAAUGUGAUUAUGCCAAGCAGAUACAGUGAGAUUAAUGUCAUAUUUUGAUAAUUUUUUUGAGAAGCAUUUAGCACAGAUCCUAGACCUUAAAACUCUGGUAUGUUACCCCAGUGAUCUUAUAUGCAACCCUAGGAACUCAAUACCAUUACCAGUCGGAAGACUUUUUAAAACCAGUAGACUUAGGACCAGUUUUUUGUGUUUAGCUCCCCCCACCCCAAUUUGUGCCGUAUUAUUUUUGUUAAUAGUUUUGAGAUACACAAUGGAUAUCUGCUUCCAAAUCUCCCCCCUCCCCUGCUUUUCUUCCCAGGGGAGGAAUGAUCCAGACCUGCGAACAGUAUCAGUUUGUCCACCAUGUCAUGAGCUUAUAUGAAAAGCAGUUUUCUAGAGCAGCAGCAGAGGAAUAAAGAUUCAUGAAAAAUUGUUAUGACACAAACCAACAGAACUCUGACCACAAAUUGUAUGUAUUCUAGAGCUGAGAAGACACACGUGGGAAUUUCAGAAUAGAAGAUAUUUAUUUAUAAAUAUAUAUAUAUAUAUAUAUAAUAUAUAUAGUUUUACUUUCAAAAUGCUUUAUUUUGCAUUUAAGAGCUAAGAUACCGCUUUUCUUCAACAUGUGACAGGACAUCAUCUUCACCCCCCAAAAAGGCC